AGAAGGAGGCCGUUGGUCCGUCGUCCGCCCCCCCCUCCCGCCGCCUCUCUCCCCCUCUGUCCCUUUGUCGCCUCCUCCCGGCCGCGCGCUGCCUCAGCAGCAGGGGCGGGGAAGGGGUGGGGCGAGCCGGAGCAGCAUGAUGGCGGCGGCCGAAGCGGGUGGCGAAGAGGGCGGCUCGGGAGCGGCCGGAGAGCCCAGCGGGCAUUGCCCUCCCGCCGCUGCUGCUGCCGCCGCCGCCGCCUCUCGGAGCAACAAGAGCGCCGCCGCAGCCGCCGCCGCUUUCCUGGGCAGCUCGGGCCCAAGCGGCGCCUGCCCCGCGGCGUCGCUCCCCUCGGUGGGCUCCAGGCCUGCCCCUCCUGCGGAGAUGUCCAAGGGCCUGUCUCCGCCAGCGGCGAUCCCGCUCCUGGAGGGCGGCGGCGGAGGGGGUACCGCUGCCGGCGGGUUCCCUCCGCUGCCGCCGCCCCCGCAGCCGCCGCUUCCGGCCGGAGGGCUGAGCACAGUGGACGAAGGCGACUCGCUGGACGGGCCCGAGUACGAGGAGGAGGAGGUGGCCAUCCCGCUGAACGCGCCCCCCACGAACCAGUGAGUAGCGCCUUCUUCUCCUUCUCCGCCUCUCUCUCUUUACCCCAACCCGAUCCCCUCUCUCCUCCCCCCCCAAAUCCCAGGAAUGGGGAUCCGGCUGAUUCAGUCCCGGCACCGCACCCAGUUGUGAAGUCGGCGUUGGUGCGUGUGUGUCAAACUCCGGGCAACUCCUGAAAGUUUCCCUGUUGCGCCCGCCUCUUUGCCUCCUCCCGCAUCCCCUUCGAAGCAGCCUCCUCGGUUGGCUUAGUCAGCUGCCUGCUUUCUGAUUGGAAAAAACUGGGAACUUGGGACUAAAAAACCCCCUUGCCCUUCUCCCUAAAAUAAAUACUAAUAAUCGACUCGCCACCAAAUAUGGAGGCUGUCCUUCAGAGCCCUCGAAAGCAGUGCUUUUCUUCUUGAAAAAAUGAAAAGGUGCCAGUACUCGCCAUGAAGUUGUUACAGUAAGUGCCAGACUUCUAACCAGUGCUUUUUUUCUAGGAAAAAAAGGUGACUGUACUGUGUACCCAUGAGUACCCCUAGAAAAAAGGCACUGCUCAAAAGUGCCCCUAAGUGCACAUUUCCCAAAAGCGUGGCCAUAUUUUUCACAACCAUUUUCUCUUGGUCUAUUAUCUUCAUCCCCACUCCCCAUGCCGGACACAUCUUUAAUCUUGACCCUUUUCUGUUUCUUUUUACCUUGCCAGGUACAGUGGUACCUUGGUACCUUGGUUCCGAAACGGCUUAGUUGUCAAACAAAUCAGCUCCCAAACACCGCAAACCCGGAAGUGAGUGUUCCGGUUUGUGAACGUUUUUCGGUAGCCGAACCUACAGCCAAUCGGAAGCCGUGCCUUGGUUUUCGAAUGGUUUCGGGAGUCGAACCAAGGUACCACUGUGCUCCUUUAUUUGCAGCUAUAGAAAAUAUUUAUACCCUGCUAUCCUUUAGUACAUAGGAAGGUGCUUCUGCUUAGGAGCAAGUUACCAUGGCUUCCUGGCUUUCUAAGCCCUAUCUGGAGAUGCUAGCAAUUGAAUCCAGGACCUCCCGCACACAAAGCAUUGUCAUUGAGCUUCCUAGUUAUGGCAGAGAGAGACUCUUUGCAGGUGCUAAUAUAUGUUAGAAGAAGAAGUUGUAGCUAUCAAAAUUCCUAAUUUGACAUAACUGUCAGGGGUAAAGGAAUGCUGUCAUAUUUUGUAUCUCUGUGGUCACCCUUUUUGCUUUCUCUGAAUGUCGUCCUUUUAAAAGGCAUUACAAAUAGUGCUGAUGCCAUUGGCACAGACUAUCAUGACACAGCCUGUCUUUUCAGACACUUUUUACUCACAUAAAAGCUGAAGUCCACAAUAUAUACAUGGGGGGGGUGUUUGAAAAUAAAUGAAAGGAAAUAUCAACAUACAGUGGUACCUCGGGUUACAGAUGCCUCAGGUUACAGACGCUUCAGGUUACAGACUCCGCUAACCCAGAAAUAGUACCUCGGGUUAAGAACUUUGCUUCAGGAUGAGAACAGAAAUCGUGCAGUGGCGGCGCAGCGCCAGCGGGAGGCCCCAUUAGCUAAAGUGGUGCUUCAGGUUAAGAACAGUUUCAGCUUAAGAAUGGACCUCCAGAACGAAUUCAGUUCUUAACCCGAGGUACCACUGUACUUCAAGAAAUUCUAAAUAUGCACACUCAAGAUAAAUUUUGUAUGGGUUAGUUUUAACACCCUACAAUAGGUCUUUGACCAGUGCUUCAGAAUCCACAGGUGGGUUGCAGCAAAGCUAUUACUGCCAUUUAACCCUCAGCCAAGCCUCCUUACAUUGGCCUGGUCUGGUCCAGCAUUGCUCCCACCUUCCCACUCCUUGCUGGGAACAUGCUGUUUAGCUUGGAAGGCGGCUAUUCAUCUUAUUUCUGUAAUUUCACUGAAUCACAGAGAUUUGUGAGAGCAGUGGCAGACUUUGAGCUUUAAAAUUUCAGCAGUGCCCCAUGUGAUAUGAAAAUUUGGCACCACUCUCACACACAAACACACACUCCAACACACAAACACUCCAGUGUGGAAAGGAAUUCCUGUUUCUACAGUUUUAUUGCUGGAUUUCUUGAGGAAUUUACUCUAGUAGUGAGGCUUCUUGGGUUCAACCAUGGCAGGGCUUUUCUUUUUACUCCCAUUUUAAAGUGCAUGAAUAGGGAUUGUACUUUUGCCACUUGCAACCCAAUUCUUCCAGUGCUCUUCUUUGGGAGUAAUUUUCCCUGGGUUCAGCCAUGGACGGAGCUUUACUCUCAAAUAAGUGUGCACAAGACUGCAGUUUAAUAUUCAGUGCUGAUUUGGAAUGCAAUUUGUUUUUAUAUAAUUGCUUUUUUAAAGGAAUUGUAAAAUGCCAAGAUUUUGCAAACUAAAAGGAAUAAACUUUCUUUUUUUGGAAGUACAACUAUAUGUUACUUUAGUGUGGGAGAAUCUGAAGAGUAGUUUCUUCAAACAUCGUCAUCCUACAAAGGGGCAACAGAAAACAGCUGCUGCCUCUAUUGGGCUCUGGGGAUAAUGAAUUUUUCCAAGAAUAUUUGUUCAUUUUUAUUUCAGCAGGUUGCCAUUAGAAGGGGGCAAGAGCACAGAGGGGUGAAUUAAAGUGUAGAGAAGGUGACACAAGCUGGAAGAAAGGGAGCAGAGUGAAAAGGAAUGUGAGAUGAAGACAGAAAGGUAUUACUAGCAAGUUAAAGUAGAAUAAGGUGAGAAAAAGAAUGGGUAGAAAUGCAAGAAGGAAGGGAGAGAAAAGGGCAGCAGCGAGUCACAGAAACGGAAAGGAGGUGGUGAAAGUUAUAGGAAGUGAUAGAAAGGCAUAGAUGGUGAUGAUGACCUGCCCUCUUGCUCAGUUUCAACCACAAGCUUCACUGAAGAGAAAACCACCAGAAAUCAAAGAGGACACAACUACUAAAAGAGUUCAAAAGUUUUACCAAUAAUACAUGAAAUAAUGGUUCGCUUGUAUUGAAAAAAUAGCAUUCCAAUACUUUUUUUGUUGUAUCUAAUAUAUGGUGAGGCUCUAAAACUGUUAAGUUUAAAUCAACAAUGGGUCCCAUGCUCCUGGUUGGGAAUCGGACAUAGGUCUCAGGCCUGGACUGAUUGGAGACCACUGCCUUACAUUACUCAGAAGGAUGUUUAAAAUACGUAACAGUCAUAGUAAUACAGACUUAACGUAGAAUUGAGAUUUCAGUAUGUUUUAGGCUGCAAUCCUACUUAUGUGGAAGGAUGUCUCAUUAAAUUUGUUGGGAUAUGUUUCUGAGAAAAGAUGCAUAAGAUCAGUCUGUACAUGAAUUAUUUUAAUGCCAUCAGACAAGCAUUUGAUUUUAUGAGUCUUCUUGCUCUUUCCAAGAUUCACAUGGUAAAUUGAUCUUCAUAUGUUUUUCUUCAUAGAGUUGUAGCUAUAGAAAAGGUUAGUGCUGGUAUGCAAAAUCUGACAUUUUUUAAGGGGGAAAAAUGGUUUGGAGCAAGUAGGAACCUUAUCUACUCAUGACCCUUGCCAAAAAUUGUAGCUGCCAAUUCAUCCCUGUCUUCUUUCCCUUCUGGGAUGAUGGAGAUUGCUCAACUGCAAUCGUGGAAGCUCUGCCUUGCUAUUGUAGAGGGUGGGGAAGAGAAGCAGUGAGCAUUCUGGUUUCAGUAACUGCUUGCCGAAGUGCCUAAAGGCUCCACCAUGGAGCAGUGACUGAAGAUGCCUCACUACCUUUCUUUCAGCUGAAGAAUGUAUGCUUUAGCCCAUAGAUAGGCAAACUAAGGCCUGGGGGCCGGAUUCGGCCCAAUCGCCUUCUAAAUGCAGCCCGUGGACGGUCUGGGAAUCAGCGUGUUUUUUACAUGAGUAGAAUGUGUCCUUUUAUUUAAAAUGCAUCUCUGGGUUAUUUGUGGGGAAUAGGAAUUCAUUCCCCCCCCCAAAAAAAAAAUAUAGUUCAGCCUCCCACAAGGUUUGAGGGACAGUGGACCGGCCCCCUGCUGAAAAAGUUUGCUAACCCCUGCUUUAGCCAGUAGUAUGCUGCUGCAUUUAGAGUGCUGACAAGCAGUAACUGAAGAACCUUCUGGUUCACUUUCCAUGUGUCUGAUGUCAGCACACCCUCCAUGGCCCUGAACGCAUUUUUGAGAGGGUGUGCGACCAGGCAGCCUCCCCACAGUCUACUUCAUUGGAGCCUGGCUCGCGCCCAGCCACAGCUCUGCUCUCAGGCCAGUCUGACCCAGGGGCGGAGUGGAGGCAGCAUAAGCUGUGUUGCCUCUCUCCUGUAAAGGGCUGUGCGUGUCCAGCCACAGCUCUGCUCCUGGGUCAGGUCUGACCUGAGAGAAGGAGGAGAGUCGCGGCAGCAUUGCAGCCCCUUUCCUCGGCUGGGCAGUGCUGCACGAGGAUGCUGCCGUGGUGCAAAAAAUUGUCGGCCCCCGACCCCUUCAUAGGGAAUGUUGUGGGGGCUGGAGCAUCCAGGGCCCGCCCACAUCCAAUGCCUAUGGUAGUAGGUGAUCCUGUGGCAAUCAGGAGGGCAGUCUGGCUUGAGUAGGCUCUGGUGACAUUUUUGCCUGUCCUUUUUGCUCUGUUUUACCAGUAUAUCCCAUGGGGUGCUUAGUGGUAGUGGUAGAUUGCCCUUUGUGGUGUGGAGGAAAACAAUCUGCAUUUUUCCGCAAAGAGAGAGGAGUGCAGUUCUAUAUACUGUACUGUCGUUUACUGCAUAGAGGAAGUCUGCUAACUCCAAUAUUGUUCAGUUUUCUGUGUUCUUUUCCUGCUGUCACUUCUGGUAGCAUUUUGCUACAAUCUGUAUAUGUUAUUUGCACCAUGAUGCAUGCUAGAUCAAUGGAUUGAAAGUGCUGGUAUAUAAAAUUUAUUUAAUAAAUUUCUAACCUUGUUAGGCAAAACUCUCAAAGCAGUUUACGAGGUUCUUGCAGAAGGGCCUUAGAUGCUGACUUUAAUGUCUGGGCACGUUCAUGUGCGGGGAGGUGAUCCUUUAGGUACUUGGUACCAAGAUGUUUUAAAGAGAUGCUUCAUAUGUUUUUUCUUUUCUUUUCCACAGUUUUGUAAUGGUUUUAGAGUAAUCCAUACAAACUAGAAUAAAUAUUUAUGGAACUGUGUGGUUUUGAUUUAGAGUUGGUCCUUCAACCAGAUAUUUACCGUACUGGAAUCUAAUAAAACAUAUGAAGCAGGUAUUUGAGAUCUGUUAGGAUUAUGUUUUGAAGUUUUCUCUGUGCUAGAAUUUUAGGACAGUGGGUGUUUGUAACAUAUUGUCUACUUUGGCCCCAGCAAAGUAAAACCCAACAUGGUUUUACAUGGGUAAACUCUAUUCUUUGAGUGCUCUGAACUAAACCGAUUAUACAGCUGCUUUUGUUGCUUCUUGACAGUGUCAGUUACCAGUAAGAUAUCAUAGUUCGUACCCUUGAGUGGAAUGAGAUAUUCAAUCACAACAGCCCUAGAAAGAAAGAAAAAGAAAUUAUGGGAGGCAGAUUAGCAAUAGUCCUGUUGCCUUUGGGGAUCAUGCAUGAAAUAAAACUUUAUACAAAACAUGCAUGGUGUUGUACUGCUUCUGAGUAGUCAUUGCUUGGGGAAUUAAUAUUAUACCAUAUCCUUGGUUCAUCUAUGUAAAUAUUUGAACUGAGCCAUAGAGAUACUUCAUCCAAACCAUAGUUUGACCAUCAAAUCUGAUCCUUGGACUUGCAUGCUGAUUCCUUCCCUCGCAAACUGCAGCUUGCCCACGUCGGAUGUGGUAAUAAACUGGCUGCCAAAGAUCAGAAAGUUGGGAAGGGAAUUAGCUUGUGAGUCUCUGCCCCCCUCCCUUGCACACUUUAGUUCCCUUUCCAGUACACUGAGCACAAGGACAAGAAUAUAUCUGUUUGCAAAACAAAUGGGAAGUAAUUGGACAAACAAAUAUUUGAAAAUAAUAUUUAAAGUGGUGUUUCAACUUCUUUGUUUAAAUGCCCUUCCUCACCUGCCUAGGGCAUGCCACUGCUUGCUAACAUCCUUCAGAAGUAAUUUAGUGAGGAAGAAAUGAAGGCUGCUCAGCAAGAACUGAAGAUUUUCAAAUACUGUAUGCACUGUUUACUUUUGUGAAUACAUUUUAACUUGAUGGCUAUUAAUCUUUUUCUUUUCUUUUUUGAGAUAUUUAAAUCUUUUGGUACCUUCUGAAAACUUACUUAUUCUCCCAAACCUUUGCUGUCAGUUAAUACCAGUCUUUACUUAAUUUGUUUGCUUUGGAUUUUACUGUUUGUUUUUUUAUUGCAUAGGUGUUGAUUUUACUGUAAUUUUGGUGUACAGCACUUCAAUUUUUAAGUGAAAAGUGGUAUAAAAACAUUUAAAAAUAAACCUUUGAUGUAAAUUGACUAUGCCCUUCCUCAGUAGUUGCUGUGUUUAAAAUUAUGGUGUUAAAUGUAGAAUGUUUUAUUGCAGUACCAGGAGAAGGCAGCUGUAGGUUACUAUAUCAAACCUGCAGAACUCCUUCUGGCCCUUCCUGCAUAUUUCUUUCUCUCUUGUAUAUCCUGUUCUUGAUGACCAUUGGUUAUGUUACUAUAUUAUGAAUUGGGAAUCGUUACUGCUGACUCAGUAGUUCUUUCCCAGCCCUGCUUUCCAGAGCAACAUGAGAAAAGAACAGUAGGCAAGCACAUGUAUGCUAAUGAAACAGGAAAUCUGCUGUAAUUUCUGGACACUGGAAAUACUGUAGGAAACCCUAAAAAAUAGGAGUUUGUGUUUGGCUAACUAGUACUCAGAAUAGAGCUUGAAACCAGUCAACUAGUUAGUCAUGACUAACUCAAAUCUAUUGAUUUCAGUGAGUCUACUCAGAGUAUGACUUAAUUGCAUAUAAUUCAGAGCCUCUUUGUGUAAACAGUUUCCAUAAUUCCUAACCAUUGGCUAUGAUGGCUGGGGCUUAUUGGAAUUAUAGUUCAGAACAGCUGAAGGGCACCAGGUUUGUGAAAGCUGGUUAAGAUUCUGUCUCUUCCCUCUCCCCCCCCCCCCAUUAGUUGUUGGAUUCUUCUUCUGCAGAGGAUUUGAUUAAUCAUUACUACAAACCAAACAACAUCUAUUCAGUUAUUGAACUUGCAUAUUCCUCAUGUGCGUCCCCAUCACAUCUUUUUCUUCAAGCAGUGGAACUGCUAAUAACUCUUGUGUCUGUCUGGUGUGUACUAGACUUGUCGCAUAACAGGUCUAGCUAAUUCAGAUAGUGGGUGUGUUAGAAUACCAACUAUGUUGUAAAUAUUUAAAGGUAGUUGGAAUAUGAUAUAAUCAAGACACUAAUGAUAGGCUUUUUAAAACAAUCUACAUAAAGGGAUAAUGGACAUUUUCCCAAUGGCUCUCAUGUCAUCCAAACUAAUGACGCUGUGGGGCAGAGAUUUCUUGAUUCCAGGCAAAAUGCCAUGCUGCUGGGGACAUCUGGCCGACAACAGGAGACGCUGUACUGGCUUCCCAUCUUCUACUGAACCCAGGAUCAAGGUUUUUGUAUUGAUUUACAAAGCCUGGAACAGCAUAGGUCCUGAACCCCUACGUUCCAGCUGAGUCACUGAGAUAGUCUCCCAGGGUGUUGCUUGUCAUCCCCUGAGUUGGCGAGGCUCAUUUGACAACAAUAAGGAACCUAGCCUUUAGUUUCAUCAACCCAUUAAUGUGAAACACUCUGCUAACGGAGAUUCAGCAGGUGCCUCCUGUUUCAAUUUUUUAAACACCUGCUGAAUACUUACCUAUUCCAUCAGGCUUAUGCAGGCAAUGAACAGUACAUAUUUACAGAAUAGUUAUCUGAUUUCUAAUUUUAACAUUUUCAUUGUAUGGUUUUAUGUACAGUUGUGAACCAUGAUAUUUUCUUUAUGAAUUAGUGAUAUAUAAGUAUUUUUAUAAAUUAAAAAAGUUACAAUAUAGGAGUAUUCUGGUUGAUACAUGUGCAUACAUGGGUACAGGCAAUAUGCGAAACAAAAGUUAACUUUUUAGAAGGUGAGGUUGAAAUACUGUUUCAAUAUAAAACCCAAAGCAUUCAUUAGAAGAAUAAAUGAAAAGUGUUUAUACUUGGAACAUGAUGUAAAUGUUUAUCUUGGGAGCCAAAGCUAAGCAUCUCAGAGAAAACUUUCAGGGCUUGUUGAUCACAUCACCAGAGUGAUGCUUAGGGCACACAUACAGUGUGUGUGUGUGUGUGUGAUUUUUUUUCUCCUCCAGAAGGAGAAGGUAAAGGUAGCAGAAAGUUAUCCAGAAACCAGCAGGCGUAUAACUACUUAAAGCAAGCUAACAUGCUAGUGCAAGUCUGGGUUUAUUGUGUAAUGCCAGAGUCAGGAAAAUUUAUCUUAACUAUUAACUUGAUCAAAGCAUAUUAAGAUGAUUUUUAUGUGCUAUUUAAAGGUACAUAAACGUUAGAGUGAAAAUGUGCUGAGAAGGUUGAAGAAAUAUGCUACAUAUAGAAUAAAACAGUAAGGUGUUAUUUCUAAAUACUGAAAUAAAUGUUGAAACUUUUUUUAAAAAAAACACAGUAGUUUUAUUGAUACAUUAUUGAUAUUUUUACUCUUAAUACUGCCAUGUUGUUGUUAUUUGUUACGUUUGUAUACCGCCCUUCAUCUGAAGAGCACAGGGCAAUUAACAACAUAAAAAAUAAAAAUAAAAACACAAAAUAUAUAAUAAAAGAAAAAGAAAGCAAAAACCCCACUACCACAAGCACAUUAAAAAGGCAAUAGAGUGGUUGAAGAGAAAUGUUUUCCCCAGGUGCCUAAAGAUAUGUAAUGAAGGCUCCAAGCAAGCCUCCCUGGGGAGAGCAUUGCAUAAACAGGGAGCCACUAUAGAAACGGCCCAUUCUUGUGUUGCCAUCCUCCAGACCUCUUGUGGAAGAGGCACACAAAGAAGGGCCUCAGAUGAUGAUUGCAGGGUCCAGAUUCUUGGGAGUUGUGGUCCUCGGCCUUUUAAAGCAGAGUUCAAAAUUAGCCAGGCGCAUUUUGCACUUGACUAUUGUCCACUUGUGACCCAAGUGAAGAUGCCUGGGUGCCACGAUGCGUUUGACAUCCCCGCUCUCUGGAGGUGCAUGCCUGGGGAUCGUUGGAUCUUGACUGUUUUCAUACGCUAAUACCACAUCCUAUAGAAUUCUGUCAGUUGUAUUUUAUAUUCACAAUCAGAAUGAAUUUUAGGAACCAAAAUGCUUUUUCUGUGCAGCCUGAGUAGGAGCAGUGAACAACGUUAUAGUUAAUUGUUGUUGCUUGUCUUCACCUACCCCCCCCACUGCCCUGCUCACAGCUGUGAAAAAUUUUCUUCCAUUAUGAAUGCUCUGUGUCACCAUUAAGAAAAAGACGUAGGGAUAGGCCAAUAUAUAUGUGGAUUGUCCUUAGAUAGUGACUUUUCUUAUUUAAGGUCUUGGGGUUCUUAAUUCUUAACCAAGCUCAAGGUUGUCUGAACUAGAAUCAUAGAAUCAUAGAGUUGGAAGAGACCACAAGGGCCAUCGAGUCCAACCCCCUGCCAAGCAGGAAACACCAUCAGAGCACUCCUGACAUAUGGUUGUCAAGCCUCUGCUUAAAGACCUCCAAAGAAGGAGACUCCACCACACUCCUUGGCAGCAAAUUCCACUGUUGAACAGCUCUUACUGUCAGGAAGUUCUUCCUAAUGUUUAGGUGGAAUCUUCUUUCUUGUAGUUUGGAUCCAUUGCUCCGUGUCCGCUUCUCUGGAGCAGCAGAAAACAACCUUUCUCCCUCCUCUAUGUGACAUCCUUUUAUAUAUUUGAACAUGGCUAUCAUAUCACCCCUUAACCUCCUCUUCUCCAGGCUAAACAUGCCCAGCUCCCUUAGCCGUUCCUCAUAAGGCAUCGUUUCCAGGCCUUUGACCAUUUUGGUUGCCCUCCUCUGGACACGUUCCAGUUUGUCAGUGUCCUUCUUGAACUGUGGUGCCCAGAACUGGACACAGUACUCCAGGUGAGGUCUGACCAGAGCAGAAUACAGUGGCACUAUUACUUCCCUUGAUCUAGAUGCUAUACUCCUAUUGAUGCAGCCCAGAAUUGCAUUGGCUUUUUUAGCUGCCGCAUCACACUGUUGGCUCAUGUCAAGUUUGUGGUCAACCAAGACUCCUAGAUCCUUUUCACAUGUACUGCUCUCAAGCCAGGUGUCACCCAUCUUGUAUUUGUGCCCCUCAUUUUUUUUGCCCAAGUGCAAUACUUUACAUUUCUCCCUGUUAAAAUUCAUCUUGUUUGUUUUUGCCCAGUUCUCUAAUCUGUCAAGGUCGUUUUGAAGUGUGAUCCUGUCCUCUGGGGUGUUAGCCACCCCUCCCAGUUUAGUGUCAUCUGCAAAUUUGAUCAGGAUGCCCUUGAGUCCAUCAUCCAAGUCGUUGAUAAAGAUGUUGAAUAAGACCGGGCCCAAGACAGAACCCUGUGGCACCCCACUAGUCACUCUUCUCCAGGAUGAAGAGGAACCAUUGAUGAGCACCCUUUGGGUUCGGUCAGUCAGCCAGUUACAAAUCCACUGAGUGGUAGCAUAGUCAAGACCGCAUUUUACCAGCUUCUUUACAAGAAUAUCAUGGGGCACCUUGUCAAAUGCCUUGCUGAAAUCAAGGUAGGCUACAUCCACUGCAUUCCCUUCAUCUACCAGGCUUGUAAUUCUGUUAAAAACGAGAUCAGGUUAGUCUGACAUGACUUAUUUUUCAGAAAUCCAUGCUGACUAUUGGUGAUCACAGCAUUCCUUUCUAGGUGCUCACAGACUGUUUGCUUAAUGAUCUGCUCCAGAAUCUUCCCUGGUAUUGAUGUCAGACUGACUGGGCGAUAAUUAUUUGGGUCCUCUCUUUUCCCCUUUUUGAAAAUAGGGACAACAUUUGCCCUCCUCCAGUCUGCCGGGACUUUGCCUGUUCUCCAGGAAUUCUCAAAGAUGACUGCCAGUGGUUCUGAGAUCACAUCUGCCAGUUCUUUUAAUACUCUUGGAUGCAGUUCAUCUGGCCCUGGAGACUUGAAUACAUCUAAACUAGCCAAGUAUUCUUGUACUAUCUCCUUAGUUAUUCUGGGCUGUGUUUCCUCUGCUCAAUCAUUUGCUCCAAUUCUUCAGGUCGGGCAUUGUUUUCUUUAUCGGAGAAGACUGAGGCAAAGAAGGCAUUGAGGAGUUCAGCCCUUUCUGUGUCCCCUGUUUGCAUUUCACCAUCUUCUCCUCUGAGUGACCCCACUGUUUCUUUGUUCUUCCUUUUGCUACGAACAUACCCAUAAAAGCCUUUUUGUUGCUUUUAACCUCUCUAGCAAGCCUGAGUUCAUUCUGUGCUUUAGCUUUUCUGACUUUGUGUCUACACGUGCUGGCUAUUUGUUUGAAUUCCUCUUCGGUGGUUUCCCCCCUUUUCCAUUUUUGUACACAUCCUUUUUAAUCUUAACUCAGUUAAAAGUUCUUUAGAUAGCCACCCUGGCUUCUUUAGGCACCUUCCAUGUUUCCGUCUCAUUGGUAUUGCCUGAAGUUGUGCUUUUACUAUCUCCUUCUUAACAAACUCCCAGCCAUCAUGAACUCCCUUUCCUUUUAGUAUUACUGUCCAUGGGAUCUCACCCCGCACUUCCCUAAGUUUUAUGAAGUCGGCUUUCUUAAAGUCAAGAAAUUGAGUCCUAGUAUGCUUGGCUGCUCCUUUCCGCUGUAUAGUAAACUUCAGAAGAGCAUGAUCACUCGCGCCUAAUGAUCCUUCCACUUCUACCCCACUAACCAGGUCAUCAACAUUGGUUAGGACCAGAUCUAAAAUGGCUGUUUCUCUUGUUGCUUCUCCCACUUUCUGGACAAUGAAGUUGUCUGCAAGGCCAGUGAGGAAUCUGUUUGACUAGCCAGGCGUUUAACUGAUAAUCAACCACAGUCAGUCUAUCAUUUGAAAAAUAUGACUUUAGAGCCGACUUGCCCCAAAAUGGCAGCUAGACGUUCUGUUUUGUUGACUGUAACCUUGGUUUAAGAAGCCAUUUGGCCCCUGGAUUAUAUAUUUGACUUUCUAACACUGUUUUUAAGACUUUAUAGGUCAAAACCAGCACUUUGAAUUGGGCCCCAAAACUAAUUGGCAGCCAGGCCAGGGUUGGCCUUAUAUGCUCAAAGGGAGCAUCUUUUCACCUCACUUUGUACCAGAUUUUCUGUGAAAGAAAAAAGGGGUGCAAGUCUUUUCUGCUUCUUCAAAGCUCAGCAUAAAAUAUGAGGUUGUAGCUUCCAUCCCUCAAGUUAUUUACAUGGAGCUGAGACUGUGGGAAGGAUAAUAGUUCUUAGCUACAUGACGUAGUAAGAGAACUUCCAGAAAGCUAAUAGUGUCAGUCCAGAGUUGGGUUUUUCUAUGCUAGGUUUCCAUUGCGAACAUCUACUGUAUGUGGAUUUCCCAGAAAAAAUGUCUACAAAGUUGUUCUCUGCCCUUAAAUUAAGAUCUGUUGUAGCAUGUUUAUUUGACAUAUUUAAUAAUAAAAAGUAUUCUAUAUUUUAUGUGCCGUAUAUAUUAAAUAAUUAUUCUAACAGCCGGAAAUAAUUGAAAUUGAAGUAGUGUGGUUUUUAAUGAUUUCAAAGUUUUAUUUAUAAAUUACUUUUAACUUGUAACAAAAUAUUUAUAUCCAAAUGACACAUAUUCAGAUUCAUAAUCAAGCAUCAUGAUGCCCCAUGGUAAAAACUGGAUUUCCUAAGAGGAAGAGUAUUUCCUAAAAUAAAAAGGUAAAGGUAUGGUAGUACUAGUGGGAUUUUUAUUAUUACCUACUAUGAAUUAUGGAUACAAAGAUAUGUGAAUUUUUCUGUAUAUUCCCUAAACUCAAAUGUUCGUUAUAUAUUUACUAGUGGUACCAGUGCUUCCUGGAAAAUUGCGGUGGGGGAUACAGCAGUGAACAUUUCCCAUGCCAUGUAGCGCUCUCUCUCUCUCUGUCUGUCUGUCUGUGUAUGUGUGUAUAUUAAUCAGAUAUAUCUUUCUAUCUUAAUACUUUUAUUGGAUUCAUAUCUGGCUAGGAUUGGGCUGAUAGCUUGUGAUCUAGUGUAUAUUUGCUUGGAAGGAAGUGCCAUUGAAGGCAGGGGGACUUGUUUCUGAAUAAAAGCAUGUUUAGGAUUAUGUUUUAAGUUUUAGAAAAACUGUCACAAGUCCAGUCUUAUUUUGUAGCUUUCCAGCACUGUUGUAUUAUUUUGAUGUCUCAGAAAUGAAGCUGCCCCUCACUUCCCUCACCCCCCCCCCAAAGAACUUUGCUUACCACAGAAAGUUUCAAAGGCUGGCAUUUCAGUGUAUAUCCUGUUUUCUAGAGAAGUGUGUUAUCUACAGGAGUUUCCUCAGGAUAUUUGCUAGAACAGUGUGCUGCCAUGUUUGCAAAGUAUAACCUACUUCCAUGGUCUAUUCUACUUUUCCAAUGAAUUUUUAGCCGAAAUUAUCCCAAGGCAUGCUUGCAUGAGUAAUGUAAGAAAAUAAAAAUACAACAGGAUUCUAUUUUAUUAUAUAGAGAAUGUCUCAGGACCACAAUAUCUCAAGGACUGCCUCUCCCCAUGUAUACUGAGCUGGACCUUGCAGUCAUCAUCUGAGGCCCUUCCUCCAUGAGAAGUCUGGAGGGUGGCAAAAUGGGCCUUUUCUGCGGUGGCUCCUUGCUUGUGGAAUGCUCUCCCCAUCAUUACCUAUCUUUACGCACCAGGCAAAAACAUUCUUCUCCUCCUAGACCUUUUGCUAAUUAAACAAUCUAUGGCUUUUUAAACUGUGUUGGUGGGGGUUAUUGUUUUUCUUUGUCACUAUGGUAUGUACUUUUGUGUUUUUAUAUUGUAAACCACCCUGUGAUUCUCGGAUGAAGCUCAGUAUAGGAAAUAGAAUAGAAUAGAAUAGAAUAGAAUAGAAUAGAAUAGAAUAGAGAAAUAUAACACCUGGUGUUAUUUUUCCAAACACAUUGGUUAGUUUUCGUAACAACCCAAUCAUUAAUAAAUAAAUUAAAAACUAGUGUGUAACAUUUCUUGCCACAUCAUUUAUAGCUUCUUCCAUAGAGCAUUAACAGCUUUAUCAAGCAAAGGUGAAUUGCUCGCAGAAACCAUUUUUUUUACAACAGGGUUUGUUUCUAGAAGGGGGCUGCCUUGCACUAAAUUAAAUUAUGCAUGUUGUUUCCCCAGCUUGAUCCUUGCCUAUGCGACUGUGUCAGUUUUCCAGUUCAGUAAUGUGAGUGUAAUUCACAAGAUUCAUAGAUAGUAUCACACUACCCUCCUACAGGUGAUUAAUGCUGGAAACUGGAUGAAAGCACGAGUCUUCCCUUGGUAUUACAUUGCCCUAUUUUAUGAGGAAAAUGCAUUUCUAAAAAAUCUGUACAAAGUGCCUGCAAAAUGCAUACAAUUUAAAAGUGGGGUUUUUUCAUUCUUUUUCAAAACAAUUGGACAGAGCAGGUUUACGAUUGGAAUCAAAAUUAGGUGGCUCAUUCUGUCCCUGGGUUAAACUGUCAGACCCAAUACAGUGGUACCUCCGGCUGUGGAUGGGUUCCGUUCCGGACCUCCAGUCGGAUCCCGGGGUUUCCGCAACCGGAGGGACUGCUUCUGCGCAUGCACAUGCACAUGCAGCAAAAUCCGGAAAAAUACUUCCGGAUUUGCUGCGUUCGCAUCCUGAAGGAUACGCAACCGGAGGUGUGUGUAUCCAGAGGUACCAUUGUAGAGGUUUAACUUUAGCCAUUAAACAGAAACAACUUUCCAGCAUAGUAGCUCAUUGGGUGAUUCCUUCCUCGUCAAAUGUUCUGAAUUUAUUUAUUAUUUAUUUAUAUCUGACUAAACUUUAAUUUAUUGAUAAAUAAACCAUUUAUUAUUUCUGUCUUUCUGUUGCCUCUACCAGGCUGCCUUGGGGCAACUGUGAUUGCAGGAGGUACAGGCAAGAGAUAAUGCUAGACAGUGCAACAAGUGACAAUAUUUUCCUAUUUAGUGCCACAUUUCUACCCAAGUGGCUGUAUGUUCCAGAAAGUGGGGUGGCUAGAUGUGUGCAGCAGGUCAACCUUCAUUCUUCCUGUGGCAGCACCAUGCCACAUUUGAUGACCUGUAAUUUCUCCCCCUCCCUUUUUUAUUGAGGAUGGCUUCAUGUUUGUUGCCUUAAUUGACACCACCUUACAUUUGCAUUACUCUGUACUGAUGUCUUCGGAGGGGAAAAAUACUGUGUGGCCUUUCCUAGGGAAAUCUGUUACACCGUUGGUCGAUUACCUUGAGUAAUCUCUAGAGUUAAAAGGUCAUUCUCCUGUGCAGCAUGGACUCAAGCAUGGGAGGUUGCCUUUUGGUGUUUGAGGACAUUUUCAAACUUUAUCUUAGGUUUCUUGAGAAGAUUCACCUUAUGCUAGUGACCUCUCAUCAUAUGAGAUGAUGGAUGGAAUCUAGUUGGUGGACUUGCAUUUACAGAAGGUAUUUCGUUUCAACAGAAGAAGAAGGGAGAUAAUCCAUACCUGCAGCACCUCCUGAAAAUCACUCUCGAGGGUUGGGGGACUUUCCAGAACAAGGUCGAAGGUGGUCUUGAUGGGGUUUGUAGGGAAAAGUGACAAAACUCCCGCUCUCUUCCUCUUCCAUUAGCAGAGGUGUCUGCUCGAUCAAAAACCCUUUGGUGAGCACAAGAACACCAAUUGGAUUCCACCCAAUGGAGGAAGUCUGUUCCAUAGCCUCUGGGUCAUUUCUUCAUUGAACACUCUGUUCUUUAAGUUGAACUCCAUUUUGGACAAUCUUUUCGUAGGUUUUGUGUACUCCUUACAUCCUGUGGAGAAAUGAGGCAUGGAGUACAUUUUAUUAACAAAGCACAAAAACAUUGCAUGGAACUGUGUGUGUGACAACACACAGUCAAUGCCUGUGUUAAAUUGUAUUAACUUACUUGGUAUCAAUCUGUUUAAGAUUCUAGCUCCCUUUGUUUAUUAUUCCAUGUGAAGAGGCUCCAUGCUAUGAAAGGGUCAUGGGGCUUUGCUGCUUGCUCCUGCCCCAGCCCGCUUAAGUAAAGUCAACUUCCACAGCACACAUUUAGGUAUUCUCUGGAAUGUCUCCAAACUUAAUGCCCACUCUCUGUGGAUUCUGCUCUGCUUAUGCUUGCAGUGCUUCCUUUAGAGUCUUUCCCCCCAGACUUUGACUGCCUUGGGCAUACUAUCCACAUGCAGAAGCCAAGUAACAAAAACUUUGCCUAGAACAAGGCUUUAAUGAAUGCAGAGGACUUCAGUAAAAGUCAUACAUGGAAGUUUUGUUAACUUUUGUAGAAUUGUGUCUUUUUUGCAACUGUUUUGCAACUGACCAUGGGAGUAUAGAAAUUCAUUGGAAGAUUGACUUACUGUGGGAGCAGCCACCACAGGCCUUCUGUAGAGCUUGUAACUGAGCCCCUUCAUUUUUAUAAAUGUUUAUCUUUGCUCCAGACUAUGCUGUGAUAGUUCAUGGCUGAUAGUUGUGGGGGUUUUUUAACCCAGAUGUCUAUAUCCACAUGCUUUUCACUUUAUUCAGUUGGUUGAAGCUUACAUGCAGCAUUUUUGUGCUUUGUGUUCCAGAUGGUAUCAUGGGAAGCUUGACAGAACAAUUGCAGAAGAACGCCUUCGGCAAGCAGGGAAACCUGGAAGUUAUCUUAUCCGAGAGAGUGAUCGAAGGCCCGGAUCAUUUGUGCUUUCAUUCCUUAGUAAAACCAAUGUUGUUAAUCACUUUAGGUGAGUGUUGAUUUAAUAUUGUUGAAAAAGCUGUUUAAAGAUGUAUGCCUAAAGUGUGGGUUUUGAAGCUUAGCAGGUGUAUUGUGAAUGAGUUGGAGUGAGAGACUCUUUUUCCUCCCCCGAAAAGUUCAAAGUGGCAUCAUCAUCGACUGAAUUGGCAUUUUCUUCUUUCAGAAGACACUUUACUUAUUGAUUAUCCAGGAAGCCCUAUAUGUGACAGAAUUCUGGGCACAUGUUCUAUUCAUUCAGGGUACGGGCCAGGUCCAUUGGGCCCAGCUGUGUUCCUGCUGCAAAAACUGAAGAUAUGGCCUGGAACAUUCCCCUGCAAUUCAGAUGAGAUUGCAUUAGCUUGUAAUUCAUCCUCUGUUAUAUUUCCUAUUACUCUGCUCCAACACCGUUCCUUGCUUUAAAUCACCCCAUUUUCCAUUCCUUCCCUCGCCAUUCAUCUUUCACAAUACUUAAGAGAACAGGACUAAAAGGUAGAGUUGUGGAGAGCUACUUCCUUGGUGAAAUGCUGUAGUAGCCUGACUUAUUUCCAUUUGGCUGGUGGCUUGCUCUGUGGCAUUCAGUUACCUUUUCCUCUGCAGAGGGGGAAUGUAUGUCUGGAGUAUGCAAGGUAGAUACUUAAGUGGCUGUUAGCUUCUAAGCAAUGGUGGCUUUCUAAACUGUAUACUCUUAACUUGAAAGCACAGAGAGAGCCAGGCAGGGUUGCUCUUGCUGCUUGGAAACUGGCAGCUGCCAAGGCAUUGACCAUGUGCUCCACAGCUGUCAUUUCUCUCUCUGCCUUGAAUGUAGCUUUGUUUCGUAAGCCUGAGUUUUGGAGAUAGUGCUCACAGCUUUUCAUUCCCCACCUUCCAGAGAAGCAGAGGGCUAAGUUGAUCUGCAGCUUGAUAGCUUUCUUAUAGCUCUUAAAGGCUGGAAAAGAGGAUAAACACUCAUCUGGCUGCUUGCAGCUGUUCUUACCACUCUAGGUAGCCAGCAUUGAAUGAUUUGUUCAGUAUUAUAUACCUGCCAUCCCCCUGCAUGUGCAGAUCAAUAGGGAUUGGCAUGGAUUCUUCAAAAACUACAGCCGCUUGGCUGCUUGAUGAGUACAGUUGAUUCACACCACAUACAGGCAAAUUGGAAACUGCUCUAGAUAUAUUGUUUAAAUUAGAUUUUUAGGCUUAAUUUUAUCAAAUUGUGCAUGGAGCUUUCUAAAAUAGUAGUCAAAAUUUAUCUGAGCCCCCCCCCGGGGGGGGGGCAUUUAUUUCAAGCACCUUUGUGGCUUGAAUGAAACAUAUUCUUUAUUACAUGAAAAGUGAAUCUUUGGCCCGCUAGAUGUUGCUGUACUAUAACUCCCAUUGUCUCUAACCAUUGACCAUUCUAGCAGGGGCUGAUGGGAGCUGGAGAGCAACAUUUGGAGAGCCACAGAUUUCAAUCCCUACUUUAUAUGAUGGAUGUUUGUUCAAAUAAGGCUUGGGAAUGUUAGGAAGUGGGGUUUCUCUUUUGUUCUAUUAAGUAGAGAUAGCACACCGAAUUGCUGUCAGUGUGAAUAUGUAUACAUCCCUUAAUAUCCUAAAAACACAGUCAGUUUAAUAUUUAUUCUUUCAAGUUUUAAAAAACUAACAUUCCAGAAAGACUGAAAUACCAAAGUAUAUAUUUUUGAAUUUAUUCAUGCUAUAAUUCUUAAUAUUUUCUACUAAUGUAGGUCAUAAUCUUUCUUAACAGGAUUAUUGCAAUGUGUGGUGACUAUUAUAUUGGCGGGAGACGGUUUUCUUCACUUUCUGACCUAAUAGGUUAUUACAGCCAUGUAUCUUGUUUGCUUAAGGGGGAAAAAUUGUUGUUUCCUGUAGCACCUCCAGAGGUAUGUACUAUUUUUUUAAAGCAAAUGUUUCUGUGCUCCUAUUAAAAUCAUCUUUACAGAAAUACCCAUUUUAAUUUGGAAAUGUGAAAUGAGUUACAUAUUUGUGGAUGGAUAACUGGAUACUAUAUAGCUCCAUCCAAAUCUAUAUAUUAGUAUUCAAUCAUAGAAGAGAUUAUUUAUUUAGAAACUUAGACUUUGCUGUAUUCGAGAAAUAAUUUGGUACUGUGACAUACACUGUAUGGUUGAAAAAUACGAUUGGAUACUUGGUUCAGAAACCUCUGAAACAAAUCUGCUUGCCUCUCUUCCUCAGAGGAGGAAAGUUUUCAUCCUGCUGGGUUCCAAAUAGCCUGGGGGGGAUCAGCUCCCAUCCCUUCCUUUCUCUCUUUCUGGGAGAGAAGGUAAGCACUAUCGAGCAAAGAACAACAUUUAUCUAAGUUCUCAGCAUGAUUGAAGCUCAGGGCCUUCAUCUUUUCUUCCCACCCUGGUGGGAAAUGAUGAGACAAAAGGGUAGAAAAGCCCACCCUGCCUGAUCUUAAAAGAAUAGAAGAGAAAGCCUUGUGUUGGUAAAAGACCUCUCUGAUCUUACUGUUUGCUUAUGAGUGCUUUGGGCACAUUGACCACAAGUAGAAAAUUGGAAAUGGAAGUGAUGGUAGAUCUCAUUUAAUGGGUUGAAUCUAGAUUUUCCAUAGGUGAAAUUCUACCCUUGGGUAGAAUGCUGGAGGAGGGGGGAACAACAACAUUUCUGCCAAUUUCUCCACCCAUCCCUUGUGCCCCCUUGAACAACCUCUGUGGAGGGUCAGGGAUGCUUCAGAACAGUGUGGGAGGUAGCACCAGGGGGAAUUAGUAAAAAUAAUACCAUCUCCUAAACUGAAGAAGCCUUUCAAUUUGUGGAAAUGAGCCUGAAUCCAACCCAUACCACUGAUAUGGGAGCUCAAGUUUGAAUAAAAAUAAGUAAUGAUAAAAAAUAUGGUAGUAGCAAUAUAGUACGUUCUGCUUACUUUCUAAGGGCAGAACAGUUUUGCCAUAAAGCUAGUGCUUAUGCCACACUCACACAAAACUAAUUCAUGUUAGUAUCUUAACACAAAUAGUGACAAUAUUUCAUCUGUUCAAGUUACGCCAUAAUCUAGAAAGCUACUUAGUGUACUCAAACUGAAAACUAAAUCCAUUUUUAAUUAACUUGAAAUAAAGAGACUUCUGUUCCGCUCUGAUCCAUAUUUUGAACUUAUUAUUGCUCAAUAAGCAGUUAGUCUAAAUAUUUGACUAAGUAUUAUGACUUUAAAAAGCAUCCAGGCAUUGGCCUACUGGAUCUAAUUGUGUUAUUAGAGGUAAUCAGCAGUCUAGGGAGAUCCUAUUUUGCUGCAAAAUAUGAUCUAGUUAGUAUAGUGGAUAUUUUGUCUUGAAAUCAUAUUGCUCACAUUGCAGUCCAGAUUUUAAGUCCUGCAUCACAGCAGAACAUCUUUGUUUUUUAUAGCCAGUGGAGGACCGCAGGAGAGUCCGAGCCAUUCUGCCAUACACUAAAGUGCCAGAAACAGAUGAAAUAAGGUAUAUUUCAUAAGAAUUACAAAUCCUACGUGGGGUGAAAUUAUUUAUUUGUUCAAAAUAUUGAUAUACCACUAUAGAAAGGAAAAGGAGUGAGAAGGGUGAAAGAAAAAGCAAAAUCAGGCACUAGCUCUUAGUUACAUCAUUCUUGUAAUGACCAGCUGGAAUAGAAAAAGGUGGAGAGAAGGCAAAAGUUGCAGGUUUUUCAGUAGGGCCAGUGGAGAGAUACUGCAGUUCUCUCUCCCCCUCACCUGUAGUGGAAAGAAAGACUGCUGAUAGAUGAUUCAGUAUGGUCAGGAAGACAGAUUAAAAACAAAUACUUCAAUAGUACAUACCACACAAUAUGGUGAUACUUGCCACAUUAUAUGAUUUUUAGGAUUGGACAAGUUCAUGGAGGAUUGGGUGUAUAAAAGUCUUACUAGUCAGGAUAAUUAAAUGGGGUCUUGAAUCUGAAGCAUGCCCUAUAGAUUGCUACCAUGCCUUGCAUGUUAGUGUCUAGACCUUUAUAGUUUAGAGCGUUAGUCUGUAGUAGUAAAACAUACAUCCUCUGGUUAAAAACACAGAACCUGUGGUACUGUAGAGACUAGACAAACCUACCGUAACAGAAGCUUUUGUAGGGUUUGUAAAAUGCAUGAAAUGCUUUCCUUCUUGGUGUGUGUGUAUGUAUACAUUUAUCUAUCUAUAUAGAUGCAUACAUGAUUUCAGAAUAAAGGUACUAAUAAAUAAUGGGCUCAAAAGGCUGUUAAAUUAAAUGGGUAGCUCUAGAUGUGCCACACUUUGUAUAGCUACAGAUAUAUAGAAGAUAAAUUUGGCUUUGCAUACAAAUGUGCCACACUUGCUGCUUCCUGGUUUUUGUUUUUUGUUUUGCCUCUCUACAUGUGCAUUGAUAAACCUGCCAAUUAAGAGUAACAUUUCAUGCAUUUGGCAAAAUGGCUGUAGUCAACAAAAGCUGAAGCGGCAACUAAUUUGCUUCUGUUUAAGAUUCCGUAGUACUUUUUAAAGUCUGUAGAUGACUACUCCUGGGAGAAAAUGCUGAACUAUAUUAUCCAACAAGUAUGUUCCUUUCAUUUUUACUGAUAUCAGGUUCACAGAUAAAACAGUCCAUGUAGGGACCAAUACAGUUGUGGCUCUUGCUUUGUGUGUGUGUUUAUUAUAAAAAAGCAGUCAUAAUCAAUUGACCAUUUGAAGUAAAAGUUUCCAGCCUGGUUUAGUCAGUUGGGAUUUCUCCCUUCAUCUGAAACAAGCAGUUCUUUGAAGAUAAAUAGAGAAAGAAGAAAUGUCAAUAACAGAAAACCUCUUCCUUCCCCACUCCCUCAUUUUCUCCAGUAGUUUCCAGAAAAUUUAGCAGUUUCCUUGCCUCAGUAGGAAGAGAGAGAACUUAAAAGUUCUCCUGAGUUGUUGAAGGGGUUAUAUUUAGGUAUUCACUUCCAUUUUGUGUUCAAGGCAAUUAAAUGAUUUGUAAGUUCAAGUUAAGUCAUGACUCAAAGAAAACUUCUCUGAACUGGUUUCAGUGUUUGGUUUCACAUUGAGUUUGAUUCUCUGCCUAAGAAUCUGGUAUAAAUCUGGUAUGUUCUGGUAUAAUUCUAAAAUUCAUUUUGAAGAGUUCAUUUAAUUUCCAGAGACGUAGGAGAAAAUCAGGGAACAAUUGUAAGUGUAUAACUUAAUGUGCCAGACUUUGUAUAAUGGGAAUCUGUUUCAUAAUUUUAUCUUAAUUACAUAUAGCUUCCUUAAAGGAGACAUGUUUAUUGUCCACAAUGAAUUAGAUGAUGGAUGGAUGUGGGUUACAAACCUACGUACGGAUGAGCAAGGACUUAUAGUAGAAGACCUAGUGGAGGAAGUGGUAAGUUACUUUAUACAAGGAGUAUCUUAGCAUUAAGAUAAAAGCACAAUAAUAAAAGUAUGUAAGAGGUAGCUUACACAGCAAAGUAUUGAACAAAUGCAACUGAUUCUCCAGUUUGUUUAUUUCUGUGUCUUGAAAAGGAGAUCAUAUAUAUUGUUUUAUUUCCAACUAUGGGUCAGUUUAUAAUCAAGACUUGGGUAUGCUUCCAUCUUCUUUGGCACAUGCUCCUUAAUUGGGUAUUACUAGUAUACAUCUGGACUGGCAAACUAUAGUUUGUGUUUGCUCUGCAACCUAGGGUUUGAUCCUGGUUUUCAGGGUGAGUUAAAACCGUAGUUUGCUAGUUCAGAUGCAGUAUUAAAUUGUGGUUUGCUACAAAUCAGGAAGUAAUGAACUAAGCAGAGUGCAUUAUGGGAUUGGGUAUGUAAGCUCAGCAUUCAUGUUCACAUUUCACAUUGUGUGUGAACUGACUCAGUAGAUUUAAUAUUUGUGGCCAGAUUCAUGACUACAGCCUGGAUCAUUUUUAAUGUAAUUUUUGAGGGAGAAGAAUCCUGAAAAUUUGAUAUUGUUUUGUAUGCUAUGGGUGAGUGAGCUUAGAAACCAUUCAGUAAGGGUACUCAUCAGUGGCAUUUGGGGUACAGAAAAAGAGAGAGAGAGAGAGUCUGUGUGUAUGUCAAAACUUCCAAAAGAAAGUAGUUUUCUAAACUGCUACGGCUGGGUGUAGAUUUGGAGGUCCAGUUCUCUCUCUCUCUCUCUCUCUCUCUCUCUCUGUGUGUGUGUGUAGGGUGGUGGUGAGGGUUGCAGGUGUGUUCCAGUAUUAUUAUUAUUUUAACUUUUCUACAGAGAAAGGUGUUGAUAUUUGACACAAUAUGCUACACUCUAUAAGGCUUGGCAGGCUCUUAUUGGGUGUAUGGCAUUCAGCUGUCUAUCAUUCUACCUAUAGUUUCUGGAAGUUGAGAGCAAGCCCUUUUCAGUUGCAUGGUUUGUUUUCUGAGGCAGACAUCAAAUAGUUCAGUGUUGUAGGUUGCAAUUCUAUGCACAGUUUCUUGUGAGCAAAUCCCACUGAGCAUGAUGGAAUUUAAUAGGUUGCAUGUUAAUUUCAGAAAUCCGAAAUGGUUCAGAUUUCAAAAUUAUUUUUAUAUUGCUUACAACAUUCUGUAAACUUUAGGAAAUGCGUUAUUUGUAUCACUCUGUUGUGUUGGUAACAAUUGUAUGUUUUCAUUAGGGUCGAGAAGAAGAUCCGCAUGAAGGAAAAAUGUAAGUGUGUCUUCUGGAAUAAAUUAUAACUUAUCAUAAGGGUCUGAAUACUGUAAGUGUUAUUCUAGAAUUGAACUCCUUGAUUUCUUAAUAUGCAAAAUGCAUUAUUUCAGUUGAACUUAAUAUUCAGGAGUUAUGUGAUGCACAUAAUAAGGUUCUUUGAUGCUGUGUCCCAAAAGUCCAGUACUAUAUUAAAGUGAGGAGAGUAGCAUUGUUUUCAAGACCCUUGACAAAAUGUACUACUUUAAUCUAGACUUGUAAGAAUUUCUUGGAUUUCUCUGUUCAGUUCUGAACACAAUAACUGAAAAUGCAUGUGCACAAUUUUGAAAGGAUUUAUAGCAACUACAAGGAUGUUAAAAUGUCUAGGAAUAUGAAUAUGUUAAUGUAGAUAAAAGAAGAGCAAGGGAUAUUUUCCCAUAGUUUUUGAAAUAUUUCCUGAACAGUUUGGUGAUAUAGUGAGUUAUUGAAAGCAAUUUCAAUUUCAUUUGACUGAGGGCAAAUUGGAGCAUUUGAGUUGUUGCUUACCAGAUCGUGCUGAUAUUAAAAACACUUGGUUUUACAGCAAAUGUUUAUUAAUGGUAUGAAUAAUCAUUGUGGGGGGGGGUGCACGCACGCAUGCACACGUAAAUGCACACACACAUACCACCUGUAUCAUCUGAAUUUAAACAUUGUUACAUAUUAGCAAAAAUAGAAAUCCAUAGGUUGAUGGGUUCAAGCCCCACAUUGGGCAAAAGGUUCCUGUGUUGCAGGGUGUUGGGCUAGAUCAGGCUUCCUCAACCUUGGCCCUCCAGAUGUUUUUGGCCUACAACUCCCAUGAUCCCUAGCUAGCAGGACCAGUGGUCAGGGAUGAUGGGAAUUUUAGUCUCAAAACAUCUAGAGGGCCGAGGUUGAGGAAGCCUGGGCAAGAUGACCCUUGUGGUCCCUUCCAGUGCUACAGUUCUAUGAUUCUAUACAGGUCAUUCCUAAGUGCACUUGUGUACUAUCAUGUAAGUCAGGAUUGGUGAACCUCCAGUCCGCAGGCCUCUUUGUACAGCCCUCAGGACUCUUACCACACCAUGCCCCCUAUCUCUCAGCUGUACCCUUCACCAGCUUUGUUCCAUGUGCUUGAACCGUGAUGGUGCCUAUUGCUUGCCUGGAUGGGUGUGUGUGUGUAAAAAACUAUGGCUUUUGUGUGGCUGGAAUGCAGCCUUACUCUACAAAGGUAAGAGUUGCAUCUAUUGUUGUGCUUUGACCCUGCCCGCCAUUGGCAUUCUAUCCCCGGAAGGUUACCCAUGAAGUAAUGAAGCUUUCAAGCUGAAAAAGGUUCCUCUUCACUAAUCUAAGUAGAUGAGAUCACCAAUCUAACCAUGGUGUUUCUAAUAUUUUCUCAUUUAUCCUAUUCUCUAAGAUGGUUCCAUGGGAAGAUCUCUAAACAAGAGGCUUACGGCUUGCUGAUGACAGGUAUGUCAUGUGUAAAUGUACUUAAUAGAAUAUGUAUUACACUACUUCUGCAUUAACUUCACUACUUAACUGCAUAAUAUUUUAAGAAGAAAGGCUGUUACAGGGUUUAAAAUGAUUUAAAAAACUAUUCCUAGGGCAAAUGAAGGCAAUUUUAUUUUUAGUAUUUGCUUAGAUGGUCUACUAUAAAAGUUCAUCGUAGUAAUAAUGAUAAUAAUAGUAGUAACUUUAUUAUUUAUGCCCCACCCGUCUGGCUGGCUUUCCCCAGCCACUCUGGGUGGCUUACAGCAUAUAUAAAACAUAGUAAAAUCUCAAACAUUAAAAACCUCCCGAACAGGCUGUCUUCAGGUGUCUUCUAAGUGUUAUGUAGUUCUUUUAUCUCCUUGACAUUUGAAGGGAGAGCUUUCCACAGGGAGGGCGCAACUACCAAGAAGGCCCUCUGCCUGGUUCCUUGCAAUUUCACUUCUCACAGUGAUGGAACCACCAAGGAGGACCUCAGUGUCUGGGUUGAACAAUGGGAAUGGAGACACUCCUUCAGGUAUACCAGGCCACGGCUGUUUAGGGCUUUAAAGGUCAGCACCAACACUUUGAAAUGUGCUCGGAAACAUACUGGGAGCCAGUGAAGAUCUUUUAGAACUGGUGUUAUGUGGUCCCGGCGGCCACUCCCAGUCAUUAGUCUAACUGCCACAUUCUGGAUUAGUUGUAGUUUCCGAGUCACCUUCAGAGGUAGCCCCAUGUAGAGCACAUUGCGGUAGUCCAAGCAGCAGAUAACCAGAGCAUGCACCACCUUGGCGAGACAGUCUGCAGGCAGAUAGAGUCUCAGCUGGUGUACCAGAUGGAGGUAGUAGACAGCUGCCCUGGACACAGAAUUCACCUGCUCUUCCAUGGACCGCUGUGAGUCCAAAAUGACUCCCAUGCUGCACACCUGGUCCUUCAGGGGCACAGUUAUACUGUUCAGGACCAGGAAGUCUUCCCAAUCCCCGUCCCCACAAAACUACUUCUGUCUUGUUAGGAUUCAACCUAAAUCCAUUAUCCACCAUCCAUCCUCCAACUGCCUCCGCACACACACAAAGGACAUUCACUUUACUUAUAUUAGUAAAGGUUUUGUUUCUAAGUGCCAGUACACUUCAGGAUAUGGAAGGGAUCAUUUGCAGUAAGACUUGUUUUAUCUUUCAGGAAGGAUUCUUGUAACUUGGCAUUGAUUAACAGACCAUACACUGUGCGAACUGUUAAAGCUGGCUUUCUGCAACUGGCCACGUGUAGUUUGCAUACCGAAUUCCAGAUAACUUGAAUAAAGCUGCUAUAUUAACACUGAGAAAGUAAAAUAUUGGUAAGGAGCUAAGUGUUCUUUCCUUUCCUUUCUGUAAUUAGUUGGCCAGGUGUCAAGUUUUCUUGUGAGACCUUCUGAUAACACGCCUGGGGAUUACUCUCUCUACUUUCGAACCAGUGAAAACAUACAGCGUUUUAAAAUAUGCCCAACACCAAACAACCAGUUUAUGAUGGGGGGCAGGUACUAUAACAGGUAAGUUGUGAACAGGCCUUGAUAGUCUACAAGUUGGGUGCUGUCAUGUGUGCUGCUACUUUUUUUGCUUGGUUUAUCGAUGUUUAACUCUGUCUUUUCUUUGUAGUACAAUCAACACCGGAUUGUGUAUAGUUUUCAUUAUGAAUUUAGGAGAUUCAAAGUUCAACACAUGGAACAAGUGAAAUAGAAACUCUGUGUGCAUAUUUUUAAAAUGAACAAGAAUUUAUGUUCUUUCUGAGACCUUUCAUGAUAAGUUAUAAAGAAAGCCUGGUCUGUUGAUACAAUAGCAGAGAUUUUAGUGAGGGAAACAGUCUCAUGUUUCUGGAAAAAAUAACCAUUGAAUUUUCUUGUUGGAUAACAUAGAACCUAUCUUUUAAUGUGAACAUAAAUUUAGGAUGGACAGUAUUUUGUGCCAAUAUAUGCUUGCCUUUAUAUUAAAAAUUUAAGUUCUAAAGGACAUGACAACCUACAGCUUAAUGUGCUGAAGAGCUGUUCGUAGUAGUGAUGAGUUUAGCUCCCUCUUCCAAAAGAGAGGGCUGUUGCCUAACCCACAGAUGAUGGAAAUUGCCAAACCUGAACCAGGGAAUUUAUAUCCAUCCCAACCGAGAAUUUCUCUCGCUUCCAGCUUGGCUUCUGAAAUGGUUAGAGAUCCUGCAGCUGGUGUGACUGAGAAAGUAACAAGUUCUCCUAGCUGAGAAGUUCAUUGGACUGUCAUAAGACUUCAAGUGGAAGAUGCUGUGAGGCUAAAAAUUGGAUCCUUUUGCAUAGCCCACAUACAAGCUACUUGAGUACCUUCUUCAUUAAAUCUGUCUGGCCUCCAGACAUCCUCAUUGAAAAUCCAGCUAGCAGCCUUUGUAAAGGUAAACUAUCUUUUGCCCAUUACCUAGUUUGUUAGGGUUAUGGCGGUAUAAGCCUUCCAUUAGAAGACCGUGACAUGUAUGGAACAGGAUUCCAAAGUUCUCCUACAUUACUUAGUAAAAUAAAUCCUAUUUUCUUAGGAUUGGAAUUGCGUAAUAUUCAUUAGUCUGCUUCGCAAGAGAGCCCCCCGAAUUACAUCAAUUCUCCCCUCCUGCUGCUGUCCCCUAUGUCUCAUCCUUCCCUGAUCUUCAGGAGCUGUUGUCAGAGGCAUAGGAGGUGGGAGGAGGAGAGUCUUAUUGUGUGAGAGAACUUCCAUUCUCUGGAUCCAUUAUUUCCUCCUCUCCAUCUUUCCAGUAAGAUAAAAAGCAUAAAACUAGAGUGGGGUGAUUGAAUAGGUCAGGGAUAUGGUAAACACUACUUUACAUGAUAUAAUGUUGCCCACAGCCCUUACAGAGGCAGUAGUAUGUCCACUUCUUAAAAAGCCCACUCUGGACCCAAUGGCAUGUAACAACUAUAGUCCAGUUACCAACACCCCAUUCGUGGCAAAAAGUGGUGGUGAGGGUGAUUGGGGAGCAACUGCAGGUAUUUCUGGAUGAAACUGAUUAUCUAUAUGCACUUCAAACCGAUUUCAGUUUCCAAAGGAGUUAGUGAUACAGUAUGAGAAUCUUACUUAAAGCAACAACAGCAACACCGUGCACCAACAAGCAUGGGUCCAUCUUAGUAGCUCUUUGGAUCCCCACCAAAAUAUAUUUUUCUAAAGUACUUAUUUCUAUAGAUCAGUUGCUCUAUAUGAACGUAGAUGAAUUCCUGUUUACUCCUUGAAUCAACUUCCACUUGAUUCAGUUCAACUUCCUAGCCCUUACUAACUGAUUUAAUACACAGUUGAUCCACACAAGCACAUCAUAAUUUUGUUAAUGGUUUGAGUUAAUGAUUUUCUGGUGACAUCAUUUCUUCCUUAUUAGUCUGUCACUUUAUCAUUGAGAUGUCUCCCUUGUUUGCCAAGGGGAAGCGUUUAUGAUCACCAGUUGCUGUGAAAGUAUAGAAAUACCUUUCUGAUCUACAUUUUUAAAGAACUACUGCUGGCCAAGUAGCUCUUGGAAUCACUUUGUUAGUUAAAAGCUGUAUUCCUGCCCCCUUUUGCAUGUGCUGUUAUGUAAUUCAGAACUUCCACCAUAGAAAGCAGAGAGAAAAUAUAUUCUAGUACCUGGAAGGCUAUUCAGAUCUAUAAAAGUUUUGUUACAAAGUAUAUUAUCAUAUGAUACAUUAAGAGUGUGCUAAAGUAGAGGUUAUAUAGUGUAUAAUCUAUAUUUGAUAUAACUGUCAAAUAAGGGUGGAACAUGCAUUUCUAUUUUGACUAGUGUCUUAUGGAUUGGUGAGAAGUAAUGUUGCUUUCUUUAUUUUUCUAUGUGCCUCAAAAUUCCUGUUGUACAAAUGUCUCUUGAGAUGUUUCAUUGUAUCUUUAUCAUAUUUAUGAUUGAUAAUCCUUGAGGUUACAGUUGCUUUAGCAAGAAAAGUAACCAGAAGUGUGGACAAAAGGAAACUUUUAAAACUAUGAUACAAACAUUUAGUAUGUCAUGGAAUCCAUGAUUUUUUAAAACCUAGUAAAUUUAGGAACUCUUGGACUUUUAAAAAGAAACAGUCCUAUUAAUUACUAAGCUCAAAUUUGAAAAGGAGCAGUAUCGAGUAAUAUUUUUUCAUUCUUGUAAAUUAUUGAUUAUUUGAAAAAGGCAACUGGGAAAUGUUUUAGUGAACAAGAAAGCUCUUCUCAGAUGAGUCUUCAAAUAGUUUAUUGUACUGUAUUUACUCUAGUCUAAUAUGCCAUCGACUCUAAUGCACACCUUAAUUUUCACAGUGUAAUUUGGCCAAAAAAGGUGUGCAUUAGAUUUGAGUAAAUAUGUUAUAACUAUUGCAAUAUUAAGCAAGCUUACAAUAUGUAAAAUUCUUAUUGUAAAAUAAGCAUUAUAUAAGUAUGGUAGAUACCAGCCUUGAAAACCAAGUGAGAUAAGGAAUUUAUUGGACCAUAUCUGUUAGAAGUAUUGGAAGCAUGUUUUUUAUUUUAUCUCUGAUUUGCCAAAAUAACGUGUCCAUUAUUAUAUUUAAGUACAUGGGUAACAAAUUUGUGGAAGAGUAAUUUGAGCUAUGUCUGGUCAGAAAUACUGUGUUGACUGAACUUCACAUUUCUAUUCAUUAUAUACAUUUCAUAUUGAAAAUGUGUUCUUUCACUAUGAUUUUGCUACAUGUGGAGGUUUACUUUGAGAAUGCAAUGAACAGAAUGUCUAAAUAGACUGUGCUCACUUACUCAAUAUGUUCAUUCAUUUAAUAAGAGUGAUAUAUAAAACAGUAAAAUAUGUGGAAUGUCAGGCUUCCCCCAGACCUCUUUCAAUCUGUGUCCUUCAAAAUGUAAUUUUAUCCUGACUCUAUGUGGUAUCUGGAAUACAGUGGUACCUCGGGUUACAUACGCUUCAGGUUACAGACUCCGCUAACCCAGAAAUAGUACCUCGGGUUAAGAACUUUGCUUCAGGAUGAGAACAGAAAUCGUGCUCCGGCGGCGCAGCAGCAGCAGGAGGUCCCAUUAGCUAAAGUGGUGCUUCAGGUUAAGAACAGUUUCAGGUUAAGAACAGACCUCCGGAAUGAAUUAAGUACUUAACCCAAGUUACCACUGUACAGGAUUUUGUUUAAAAUAUCAUCACUACUUAAGACUACUUAAUAUAACAUGAUUACUUGUAAUUUCAAAAUGCAGUCUUCAUGAUACCUGUUAAGGUCUUUCUCUAUUUCACAUUCCUAUUCUCUUAGAAAUAAAUAGUUUCAUAGAAAUGUAGGGAGUUACUGCUAAGAAACUUAGAACUUUUAGCCCCGUGAGAACUCUUCUGCCCUUUGUUGAAUAUGGAGAAAGUUUGUUGAUCUCUGAUGCUUUGGAAUAUUUGUUAUAAAAUCUGAUUAUUUUAAAAUUGUUGAGUUCUUUACUAGUUCUUUACUAGUAAUGGUUUACUGAAUACUUAUGUCUUCUGAUGUGGUAUUUUUGGAUGAGAAAAUAUGUGUUUUAAAGUUUGAUUUUUACAUUUGGGGCAAAAAUAUUUUUACUUUACAUCAGUUCUGAGCACAGUCUUAGAAGCAAAUUGCAUAUUUUAUUAAAUAUAUUCUUAAGUAAAUAAGCUUAGGGUUACAACUGUCAUUUCAUGUUCAGUUUUAUAAACUAGCAUUUACUUUAUUCAGAGCUACCUGUUUGUUUUUGUUUUUAACAGUAUUGCUGACAUCAUUGAGCAUUAUAGAAAAGAGCAAAUUGUUGAAGGCUACUAUCUUAAAGAUCCUGUUCCAAUGCAGGUGAGACAUUGCAUUUUAUCUAAUAUUAACAUUAGCAUUUCAAAUGCAGAGCACUACCAGACUAUCUCAGCACUGCCCUACGCACCUCAGAUGGCAGAGGGAUCUAUAGGCAGACCUCUGAGGAAGACAACAACAUCUCGGAAAGGGUCAUGUGGAACCAAGCAGCCCUUGGUUCAACCCCAUUUUGUUAUUUAACUUGUUUUCAUUCUGCUUUUAAUCCGGUGGUUCUGCGGGGGAUGGGCGUGAACAGGGCAACAAAAAGAGUUGUUCUUUUAGGCUGAGCAAAAUGUAUAGAAAUACUGCUGUAGUAAUCACAGAUCUGUUAGCUUAAUCCAACUUGGGCUCACAUCUGCCUUUCUUUUAAUUUUCAAAAGCAGCAUUGCUUUUCAAAAGUAGUCCCAGGAGUUCUAAGGUGUAAGAACUCACAACAAUUGUUUUGAAGCACCAAGGACUGCCAUAAGCUGUGGGAAAAUGUUGUGUACAAUUAUGUAUUUAUUUAAAAUCAUGCCUAUACUGCUUUUCACAUAAAAAUAAACCCCGAGGCAGUUGGUUUACAGCAAUAAAAUAGUAGCAAUAACAAUAAAACUGUAAACAACAAAACAAUAAAACAUCACAAUUAUAGUACCAGAGUUGUUAAAAAUUGGCAUCAUCCAUUGGGAAAUGCUUGUGCAAAAAAUAGCUUUUUAGAAAAUAAUGGAAACAUUGGUGCCUACCAAACAUUGGUGCCUGCCACAUUGCAGAGGGGAAAUCAUUCCACCACACAGGACCGCUUCCAUAUCACCCCAAGAUGAAAUUCUGAAGGUCACAGUGCUUAGUGCUUAGGUAGAUCUGUUUGGGAGAAGGUGUCCCCCCCCCACACAUAAUUGGUCCCAAUUUCUUUUAACACAAUAAUUAUGUAUGCAGUAAGAUGCUCCACAUAGAUGCCUAGCCAGUCUGUUCUGCACCAGAUGCAGCUUCUGAACCAGUCUUAAGGGAGCCCCACAUAUGGCAUGCUACAAUAGCUUGUAGUGUUGUUAAACUGUAGAGUUAUUUUUGUUUCAUGUUGGAAAAUGUAUGCCUACUUGUUUCCUCUCCAGCAUCAAGGACAAGUGCUUAACGACACAGUGGAUGGGAAAGAAAUUUAUAAUACAAUCCGUCGUAAAACAAAGGAUGCUUUCUAUAAAAAUAUUGUUAAAAAAGGAUACCUUCUGAAGAAAAGUAAGUGGGGUAAACCACUGUGUGUUCUCGGAAUAGCUGUGGAUCCAUACCACCUGACUCUCCUGUCCUUUAAGGCCUUACAUAGAAAGGUGCUCUACUGGCAGUAUUAAGUCUAGUAAUCUCUCUCGUGCUUACAAGACCAUCUAUGUUUUUGUGCUUACUGAAAUUGUCUAAAGUGUCAUUUCUUUUUUGCAACAUUUCUAAAUAGUUUGAAUCCGUUGUGAUUUUUUUUCUUUUUGUGUUGCACUUAUAGAAGUGGGCACAUAUUUUUUUUGGAAAUAGGGGUGCACAGACCACAAUGUUUGAAUCAGGCCCUGAUUUGAUGGUUUGAAAACCAGCCCGAUUCGUUUCAAACUGAUUUGUAGACAUCUCAGUUUGACUCAUAUCCAGACUCCACUCAGUAUUAUUGGUCUUUCUUUCUUCUUUCCUUCCUUCCUUCCUUCCUUCCUUCCUUCCUUCCUUCCUUUCUUCCUUUCUUUCUUUCUUUCUUUCUCCAAUUUUCAGAAGGAUAGUUGCAGGACAGACUUGACAGUUUUGUGCUUUUUAUACAAAUAUUCACUCUCCUCUAUUGUUUUCUGGUAGCAUAUAUCAGAAAGGUGCCCCUAGGUAUGAAAACUGCCAAAUAUCAGAAAGGUAGUUACAUGGGUUUAAAGUUGCUUUUUUUCCAAUUGGGGACAACUAAAUAGGAUUUGCUUUCAUCCAUAUGGUUUUGUGGGCAAUGGUGGUUUUGUUUUUUGUUAAUGAAAAUGGCCUACAUUGUAGAGGUGGACCUAGGAAAGUAACUUACAAAAUUUCAUAAGGAUAGGUGCCAGAGAUAAGGAGUUGUGGUGAAUGAAAAACAGUAUCAAGCAUGUUUUUUGUUUGGUUGACAUCAAAAGUCAGAGAAAGAAAGUUCAGAACUGAUGUUUAUUUGACAGGAGUGAUUGUAACAGCAUAUGAAACAGAGACAGAAGGACUUGCAUGUCCAGUAUUUUCCAAGUAAAUCCUACCAACAGAACUAGUAAAAAGCACAGAAAAAAAUAAAUACAAGGUGCUACAUUACAUUAACAUUACAGUCCUAAAGCACUGUAAUUUCAGAGCUGUAGUGAAAUCAUUCCCUCAGUUUAGAAUGUAGACCUAUUAGUCACAGAAGAGCUCUCCCCUCUUCUUCUUUUCAACCUAGUGUUUAACUUACAUGGCACACUUGGUGAGAAAUGUUUCAGGAUUGACAGAUAUACCACCUGCAGAGUUUUCAAUCCAAUCCACUUUGAAGGUCUCUGUUUUGGAGAGCUUAGAAGAGAUCCUUAGAAGAGAUUCAGAAAAGUCCCAAAUGUUUAUGAACUCAUCCUAAUUUGAUGCAUACUUCUAAUUGACAAUAUGAACACACAUUAUUGUGUAAUAUGAUAAAAAGUUAUUUUACUUGUAUUCAUUUCUAUUUGGGUUCAUAAAGCAUAACAUUAAAAGUGUGGGGUAGAGAAUCUUGCUACUUAGUUGCCUGACUCCUGGAAAGUUAACUGACAGUCAGGGAUUUGACAUGUGUUUUCUCCAUCCAUCUCUAAAUUACUUUGGUUGUUUUACAGGUAAAGGAAAACGGUGGAAGAACUUGUAUUUUAUUUUAGAGGGGAAUGAUGCUCAACUUAUUUAUUUUGAAAGUGAAAAGCGAGCCACUAAACCCAAAGGACUAAUCGAUCUUAGUGUGUGUUCUGUCUAUGGUGUUCAUGAUAGUCUGUUUGGCAGGUAAGACAGAAGCUACUAGUUUUAAUCAUGAAGCUGUAAAAGUCAGGUACUUUUUAAUAGAGUAGUUAAUGAAUAACCCUCUUAACACACAUGCAUGUAAGAAUUUUUUGCUUUUCAUUUAAAAGGGCUAAUUUUAACAACAUUCCUUCCUUUGUUCUCAGUAACCUUGUCAAAUGAUUAUGCGUAAAAUGUAUUUGGUGAUGUCCAAUAUUAGUCUGAAUAGACCCAUUGAAAUGAAAUUUCUUAAAAUCAAUUAAUUUCAUUGGCCCUACUAUGCCUAAUAUUGUAUAUCACCCUCUGCCUUCAAUUUGAUGUCCUGAACAUGCUACUAAUUUGUAUGGGUCCUAUUUGUUAUAUUUAGGUUUUUGCAUUGUUAAGGAAAGUUUUUUGCCUAAAAGUCAAAAUACUUUAUCCAGCUUUUUUGUGUGUGAAAACCUAUUGAAAAGUUUAGCUUUUCCAAAGAGUGUAUGUGUGGAGGGGGAUUGCCUUCAAAGAUUUUUUAUUUAAAAAGUGUACUGCCUAUACAUAAACUAUAAAUAUGCCAAGAUUAGGCCUGGUACUAGGUGCUGAUGUGUCAACAUCUCAGUCAUGGUUUCUUAAAGCACUUUGUCCCCCUCCCUCCACAUCUUGUUUAAGAAACAAAUGAACUAGUAGCAAUAAAUUUACCAAAUGUGAUGUGUAAAUGUUUUAUUCAAAACAGCCCAGUUCUGUGCUUCAUUAGUUAAAAGUCACAUUGGUAAUGUAUGCUCACGAGUAACCAUGCACAUUGAACGCUGCCCAUGUUUUAUAUUCUCCUAAAUAUUGAAGAAUAUACAUCAUUCAUUGUCAUGUGCACAUUGGUUUCUCUCUGCAUUUGUAGCAAUGAUAUACUAAUAUUGCUUAUGAAUACUGUACUCAUUAACCUAUGAGUAGGAAGCCUAUGUGAGAUCUUGCAGGCCCAUCCUGAGUUCCCACAAAAGCAUCCCAGAUCCCAGUAAGCUCUUUGUGCACUGGGAAAACCCAGAACAAAAUGAACUUUAAAACUCCUCACCUUGCGUGCAGUUCAUUUGCAGCUUUUCAACUGGCCAGCUUUCAACUGUGUAAGGUUGAAAUCACGCAAGUUAAUUGUGUGCAGGAUGUGAUCGUAUUGUACUUACUCCCAAGUAACUGUGCCUAGAUUUGUGGUCAGAGACUAUUAAAUUAAAUGAAUACCAAACCUUUGUGAAUUUGGAAGAAUUGUGUGUGAUAAGGCUGAGUAGCAAUGUUGCCAUUCUGGUAAUAGUAUUCUGUUGUAUUUUGUUUUUCUUCUCUUUAAAUAGGCCAAACUGUUUUCAGAUAGUAGUUCAGCACUUUAGUGAAGAGCAUUACAUCUUUUACUUUGCAGGAGAAACUCCAGAACAAGCACAGGUAAGCAAUUUUUCCUUGAGUUAACAUUGUCCUAACGAGUGCUAUGAUGGAUGUUUCUUUUUAUUAAAAAAAAAGUGCUGUUGUAAAUUGUCCACUCUUAUGUUCUUAUGUUGGACAUGCACUAUAAAUUGUUUGGAUCCAAACUUGUGUGAGCUCAUUGAACAGGUUUCUCAUUUCAGCUGUGCCACUGUAGCACCCUAUACCCACUACAAGCUGUUCUAGGUUGGGAGAUCCUUGGAAUUAUGUAGGAUAUGGCAAAGGUGGCUGCAGCAGAAAGGUGUCAGUAAUAAAAAUUGGGGAUCCUCCGUUGUGUGAGUCACUGUGCUUUCUAGUUGGCCGGGUGUGCCAUAUGGAUUCUCUAUGCAUGAUCAGGGCAUUACAAAAGAAAUUAAACUCAGGUUUAUAUUUACCAGCUGGAAUGAACUUGUUCAGGUACUUGUUGGAACUGCUGCCAGGAAUAGCCAAAUGCAGCUAGUGUCUCAACAGAGCCAGCUGAAUGGCUCUGCUUCCCUUCUGUCCCUCCGCCUUAGCCAGAUGGAAUGAUGACUGCUAUGUAUUUUCUAGCCAAAGACAGUUGGUUUCUCAGCAAAUGACACUACUGCAGCAUGUUUGGAAUCGCUGUGUUCACUGUGUUAGGACUGCAGCUUACGCAGUGGCUAACUUUGUGGGGGUUGCACAUGCAAAGUCAGAGCAACCCCCAGAACCGCCCCCACCUUCCAAGAUCGGGACUGUAUGAAAUCUCACAAAAUCUUCUGGAAGCCUUCCAAAGCCUCAUAAAUAAGCAAGGUGGAGGAAGAGCUUUUAUGCCUUUCACCUUGCUUACCAGUCUCUAGGAGGCUCCCUCAAGAUAUUGUGAAGGCCUCCCACUAUGCCCAUAGUGGGCCAAAUGGUGUUAAAAAAGGAUAGAACUUUCUUUAUGUAUGCAACAACAGCAGCAAGAAUACUCAUCGCAAAGUAUUGGAAGACACAAGAACUUCCCACGCUGGAGGAAUGGCAGAUGAAACUUAUGGACUACAUGGAAUUGGCGGAAAUGACUGGUAGAAUCCGUGACCAGGGAGAAGAGUCGAUGGAGGAAGAUUGGAAGAAAUUCAAAGACUAUCUUCAGAAACACUGCAAAAUUAAGGAAUGUUAGAGUGAUGUUGGAUUGAAAAUAAGUGGUUUCCAGCUGUACAGGUUAAAGCUAAAGAUAGAUUAAGAUUAAAGAUUAAGAUUAAAGAUGUUUAAAGAAAUGGAAAUUUGAUAAUAAAGGGAAAAAUUUAAAGGUAUAUGACAUUAAGAACAAGGAUUAUGUUUAAAAAAAUUGAAGCUAUAUAGUUUAAUAUUUCAUUAAAUUAAAGAUUGGGUUUAAAAAGUGGAAAAGAAACUGCUGGACAAAUAAUGUAGAUUGGAAUACAAAAGAGGGAGGUAUGAGGAAGUCCAGAAAAUAAGUAAUUCAAAAUUGGGAAUGUAAAAGAGAGUUUGUUUUAAAUUGUUAUGUUGUGUGUUUCUAUUGUUAAUUGUUUUUUUGUGUGUGUUGCUUUUUCUUUUUUCUUUGUUUAAAACUUUAAUAAAAAUUAUUAAAAAAAAAAAAAAAAGAUAUUGUGAAGGCCUCCAGACCCCAUGUAUGGCCAUCACAGACCCCGGUAAGCAAGGCAGAGGGAUUAAAAACUUCCCACACCAGGAAAAUUAAAGUGGAAAGAGCUUUCAAGCUCUCUGCCUUGCUUACCGGGCUCUGGGAGGUUCCCACAAGAUCUCACAAGAGCCUCCAGAACAAGGCUUUCCUGCCCCCUUUCCAAUUAUUUAUCUAUUGACAAUCUGCAUAAAGCUGCAAUUGCAUAAGUAAAAUUCUUUGAAGUUGUGGUCCCAUUGAUUAAACUGAUUUGCUACUACUUUCCCCCUGGGAAUCCUGAACCUUUGUAGUGUGCUAGGGUGCUCUCACCGAAAAGUACAAUUCCAAGAUUUCAAUGGAAAGCCAUGAAAUGCAACUGAAAGCUGCACCAUGAUAGUUUUCUGUCUCCAUACUUACUGGUCAGCUACCGCCCACCUUAAGUUUGACAGCCCCUGGUCAAUAAAAUGCUGAUCCGCCACAGUCUGUCUGCUUCAAUGGGUGCUUGGAACUUAGAGUAUCACUCGGACCAAACUACUGCACCAAGCAAAAAGGAAAAGAAACAAACCCUCUAGUGCCUAGAAACCUAGAAUAUCAGGACCAUUUGUCCUGGCUUGUUCAGUGACCUGCUGCGGGUCAACAACUCACAGAAGACAGUCAUCAUUGACCAUUAGCUGAAAAUGCUCAACAGAGCUGCUGCUGUAUAGGAUACCAGACUCGCUUUGAGUGGCAAGAUCCAAGAGAAGAGUUACACUGUUUUCUUACAAAGAUGGCAUCCAGAAGAACCAUGUGUUCAUGGAUCAAAGGCUCAGAAUGCUUGCUUUCCCUCCUCCUCUCAACCAUCUGUGGUCCGGUUAACAUCUUGAGCAUCCACUAUGGGCUCUGACAUACAGACCAAGGACCAGUUCUGCGAGGAACUAGACCAGGUUGUCGGGAGGGUCUCAGCCUGCGAACACCUAUUCCUGCUGGGAGAUUUCAAUGCCAAGAGUUGGGGGCAAUCAUCACACAUAGGACAACUUGCAUAGGCCACUUUGGUAUUGGCAGCAUAAAUGAGAACAAAGGCUGCUUGAACUGUGCUCGAAUCACUGACUCAGGAACAGAAUCACUCUAUGAUUCAUCUGUUAAUAAGCCCAAAUUACUCUUUUGUGCUUUUAGUCAGGAUAUUCAAUGAAAUAGCUUUUAACUAUUAACUCAGAUUGUGUUUAUUGGUAGAUCAUGAUUCUAAUGACUGAUGACUGGGGGAGCGGGGAGAGGAGAUACAUAGAGAAGAAUGAAAAUGAAUGUGGGUGGGGUUUUUUUAAGUAAACUGGGUCAAACUUGUUUAAUAAUUGUUUAAUAACUGCUAUUUCAUUAGCCGAAACAGUAUUGAUAAGUUAGUUUAUUAUUUAUUAGGACUGGAUGAAAGCUUUGCAAACAUUUUGCAAUUUACGAAAAACUAGUCCAGGAACAUCGAAUAAACGUCUACGUCAGGUAGAGUAAUGCAUUUUGGCUAUUGUGGGAUUUGUUUUCUAUGUUGGCUGAGAUGAUACGUACUAGUAAUCAAACAUUCUUUGAUAAAAAUAUUACUUUGUUAAAUAUGCUAUAAAAUAAUGUUACUUUAUUUUUAUUUUUUGCCCAAAAUGAGCUUAUAGUUUUACCACUUUUAACAUUAAGUGUACCAUACAGCUUCAGUUAGUAGUUCUGUAGGGCCCAAAGCAAUAGAGCUAUUCACUGAAUCUAAUACCAGCCACUCAGAAAACACUGUGAAAGUUUGUCCCUUCACAGCAAGCUUAGUAGUUACUUUCCUUUUCCCAUAUAGGGCCGCCUCCUUUCGGUUCAGCAUAGUUUGGCAUUUUGCAGGGAUGGUGCAUUUCAUUUUGCUGCAGGAGGUGAAACAGGAAAUGGCUUGCCGCUGUCACACCACCCACGUCCAGUGGCACUGCUUCUUGCUGGCACUACCCACUGCACUACUGGCAGAGAAGUGGAGCCAGUAUCAGUGCUGAUUGCUGGUGAGAUUUCAUCAAAAUCUCAUGAGACCUCUCAUGCUUCAUGAGAUCUCACCAGAAAUCAGCACCGGGGGCAGGGGGGAGGGGAGCUCCUGUAGAGGCACUUUCUUGGGGGCUUCCGCUAUCUGAGGUGGCUGCUUCACCCUGCUUCAUGGGUGGGCCAAGCUUGCCUUCCCACCAUGUACCAUGUACCUUCAAUAAGUUAUCCAAAAAACUGUAUGUAGGUGCAGAACCAUUAUGUGUAACUGCACAGGUGACUUUGGUCACAGGUUCAUGGACUGUUUUUGUAUUGGUGGUAUUAAAAUAGUGGAUGCUAUUCUGCCUUCCUUAUAUAGAAGCAAGGAAUUUGAUAGUAAAGAGAAUUUAAAUUCAAAGCCCUCCUAUACUAAUUAGUUCUUUAAUCACUUUUUAUUUAACUUCAUCCAGUGGUUUGCGUUUCUCACUUAAAUAAGUACCCACACCUAUUUACUUCUGGGCAUGGUCUCACUACGUAAAACAAAGUUUUGAAUUCCAUUUUGUAUACUUUCUCUAGGUCAGCAGUCUUAUACUACAUGUUGAAGAAGCCCAUACACUUCCAGCAAAACAUUUUACUAAUCCUUACUGUAAUAUCUACCUGAAUAGUGUACAGGUAGCAAAAACGCAUGUACGAGAAGGACAGAACCCUGUGUGGUCAGAAGAAUUUGUGUUUGAGUAAGUCUUCUGCUACUUAACUUUGUUGCAUUUAAAACGAAAAAUUCUAAAGUCCUUCUUGGUGACGGUGUAAUAUAAUUUUAUUUUCUUUGCUUUUGGCAACAGUAACUGAAUAUUUUGAAUGACUUACCGUAUUUUUUGCACCAUAGGACACACUUUUCCCCUCCUAAAAAGCAAAGGGAAAUGUGUGUGCAUCCUUUGGAGCGAAUGCAGGGGGGAGGCAGGCGGGAAAAGCCCCCAAGAGCAGCACACAAGCUCCGUGCGCUCUUGCGGGCUUUUCCCCAGGGGGGAGAAGGGACUGACUGGCUGCAUCAGUCCCUUCUCCCACCUCCCAGAAAAGCCAGGAGAAGCCGCGCAGCCCCUUUAAAGAGCUUGCGGCUUCUGCCGGUUUUGCGGGAGGUGGGGGAAUCCCCCCCACCUCCCAGAAAAACCAGGAGAAGCUGCUCAGCCCCUUUAAAGAGCUGGCGGCUUCUGCCAGUUUAGCGGGAGGUGGGGGAAGCUGCAGCGGAUUCCCUCCUCCCCGGCUCCCUUUGAAGCAGCAAAGUGGGAGGGGAGCAGCAUACACUUGUGUUAGCAGCUCCUCUCCCACUUUCCUGCUUCAAAGCAACCACGGAGGAGGGAAGGAAGGGGACAUGGAUCCUCUGCUAGCGAAGGCAGUGGAUUCCCUCCUCCCAGGCUCCCUUUGAAGCAGCAAAGCGGGAGGGGAGCAGCUUACACUCGUGUAAGCAGCUCCUCUCCCACUUUGCUGCUUCAAAGUGGAGGGAAUCCACUGCAGUUGCGAGCAGAGGAUCCAUGGCUCCGCUUCCUUUCCUCAAAGCAGGGGGGAAAGAGGGCAGGAAAUAGAUGCCGGGCAGGAAGACACAACCACACUUUGACCACUGGAAAGUCCACCUCAGCCUCCCCAGAUUUCCACUGAGACGGCCAGGCUAAUCUUGAUGGCUAUAAGUCAGGCUCAGCAUUAUUGACUGGACUUAGAUAAGCCAUGGUUCCCCUUCCUACCCUCCUCUGAGGCUCGAUUUAAAGCAGCAAAGCGGACAGGAGCCGCCCGCUUUGCUGCUUUAAAUAGUUUAGUGCAACAUUUGAUUCAGAAUAUUUUUUGGUGUGUUUUCCUCCUCUAAAAACGAGGUGCGCCCUAUGGAGCGAAAAAUACGGUAUUUUGUCACAAAUGUGUAAUCGUACAGUAGAAAACCAAAUGGCUGGCCUUUGGUUGUAGCUUUAUAUAAUGAAAUUAAAUCUAAAUAAAAUAUCAUUAUUUUAAUUUAGAAUGUCAAAGCAGGAGUACAAAUGUGAAUGGUAUUUUUCUGUAUUUUUUCCUAGCGAUCUUUCAUCUGACAUCAAUAGAUUUGAAAUAACUCUUAGUAACAAAACAAAGAAGAGUAAAGAUCCAGAUAUAUGUAAGUUUUGUUAUUUUUGAAAAAAGUUUUUACAGUUGUAGUGCAAGCGUAUUUCUCUUUUACAUAUUUAUCCCACUUGUUGAAACAGUCAUUGUUUGUAUCUCUUUCCUAUCCAAAUUGUUGGAACAUGACAGCUUUUCACUGCUGUAAACUUAUGUGUGUUUUUAAGGGCACUUCCCUUAACCUUCUAAGCAUGUACUGAAUUCUUUCAUUUGAGGGUGGUUCACUAUCUGCAGUUUACUUGCACUGCCCUUCUAUCCAGCAUGGUCAAAGAAGGCCCAAGUAUGCAAUAAAAUAUUGGAUGGGGUGCUCAAGAACCCUUAAGGUUUCUCAUUAGUAUAAAUAACUGACAGAAUUACCCAUUUAGCUAUUUCUGUAUUUUCUGUAUCAUUGAUUUGCCUGAUGUACUAUCAUUUGUUAUCUUUUUCUUCUCACUUUAAUUAAUGUAAUGUAGUUUAGAAACUUUUUAAAAUUCUAAUGGCUUUUGUUGGAGAAUUCUGUGUUCUAAGAAACAGGAGAAAGUGAAUACUAUCUUCCUGGUGCUCCUUUUUAUAUAUGAAAAUUAUAAUAGCAAUUCAUUUCUUCUUAUUAUUCUGAGAGAACUUACAGCAUGAGAGUUGUUGUUUUUUUAAAAAAAAAAAUCUUUAGAUCCAGUGGAUUUUAUAAGCUCAUUUUGGCUUAUACUCUCAUAUAUGCCAUUCUCCCCAAAGACUAACUUCUCUCUGGAUAUUUCUUUCAAGUGUUCAUGCGAUGCCAGCUGAGCCGACUACAGAAAGGGCAGGCAACAGAUGAAUGGUUUCAGCUCAGUUCACACAUACCUCUGAAAGGUAUUGAACCAGGCUCUCUGCGUGUCCGUGCACGAUAUUCUAUGGAGAAAAUAAUGCCAGAAGAAGAGUACAGUGAAUUUAAGGAGGUAUUGAGACCCUGCAUUUUAAUUUGAAAGUGGCUUGAAAUAAAUAUUAAAACACUUUAAAAGUUGCCUGUCAGCGCCUGAAGGCAAGGGUGGUUCUUCCAAAGAAUAUAUGCUCUUUUAUAGCUUGCCCAGACGGUGUUCGAGGUAGAUUUGGGCCCCUCAUAAAUUACAUAGCCUUUGAAAGGAGAAUUUAUUUAUUUCAGGAAAUAAUUACACUCUUUAUUUUGUGGUACACUCUUGGAGUAAGUUCAUAGUUACUGUUUACUUAGUACUUCGCCAUCUCUGUUUUUCAGUUGGUCCUGCAAAAAGAGCUGCAUGUGGUCUACGCUUUAUCAAUCGUAUGUGGACAGGAUCGAACACUGCUUGCUAGCAUUUUACUGAAGAUUUUUCUUCAUGAAAAACUGGAGGCAUUAUUGUUGCGAACACUAAAUGACAGGGAAAUAUGUGUGGAAGGUACAGUAUAAGUAUGCUACUGAAAAUAAUUUUUCAGGCCAUUCCCCUCCUUCAUUUCCACUAUCCACAGGCAUUUGCUUCUCAAUAAUCUCAUUUCCUCAUUUAAAUUCAACAGAGCUGAAAAUUUAAUAUUUAUAUCUGGUGGGUUUUUGUUUGUUUGUUCAGAUGAAGCCACUACCUUAUUCCGUGCCACCACACUGGCAAGUACACUUAUGGAGCAGUAUAUGAAAGCUACAGCCACGCGUUUUGUUCACCAUGCACUAAAGGACUCUAUUUUAAAGAUAAUGGAGAGCAAGCAGUCUUGUGAGGUAAGAAGUUAUGACUAAUGAACUAAACCACAAACAGUUUAGAAAUGUUUGAAAUGUUUGAAAAAUAGGUAUAACUUGGGUCCCUCCAGAAUGCUUAGAGCAACAUUUUAGCCACAGAGAAACCUUGUGAUGUAGGUCAGGCAUUUGCAGGUCACACCAAACCACUGUUUAAUAUGAUAAACACGGAGAAGGAUGAGUUGCAACAAGUCUCAGGUUGCAUACUACCCUUUUUCCUCCCACACAGCUGGAAUGAGGUUUUGCUAACUGCAGUUUGUCAUGAUGGUAAUUUUAAAACAGAUCUUCAGAAACCAUGCUUUGAAGCUGGCGUAUUUAAACUGGCUGGAUCUAGUAUCAGCUGCAUUUCGAGGUCCUGAGAACGUGGCACGCUAUGGUUAACUAAAAGUGGAAGCAGAAGCUUCUGCACUCCUCUGCCUUGCCAUGGGAACGGCAUGUGAGCCCUGCAUUCACUGCAACUUGUUCCUGCUCUUGCAUAUCAGACUAAAAUGUUGUUUAGCAUCAUGUGCAGCGUGGACUGCUGAAUCACCCAAGGCUGUGCAGUAAGCUUUGUGGCUGAGAGUGGUUUUAAACCUGACUUCCCAUUGCACAUCUAGCAAUUUCUAUAUUUUGCCUUUGAACCGUGUAGUCAAUGAUGGUUUUAUCUUUUGUCAGCAUUUCAAGUAUCUUGCAAAUAACAGGCCUGCUACUUGAGGCUUUGAGGUGAUAUCAAAGAUAUUCCUUGCGAUCUGCCGUAUUUUUCGCCCUAUAGGACACACUUUUUCCCCUCCAAAAAUGAAGGGGAAAUCUGGGUGCGUCCUAUGGGGUGAAUGCAGGCUUUCGCUGAAGCUUGGAGAGCGAAAGGGGUCGGUGUGCACUGACCCCUCUCGCUCUCCAAGCUUCAGGAACACAUCCGCAGCCUACGCAGCCCUGGUCCCGCAGGGCUGUCUAGGCUGCGGAUAGCAGCCUGCUUCCCAGAGCGUCGGGCGCCCUGAAAGCAGAGCGCCCGGCGCUUCAGGAACACAUCCGCAGCCUAGGCAGCCCUGCGGGAGUUCCCACAGGGCUCCCUACGCUGCGGAUAGCAGCCUGGCGCAAGGGGCACCCUGAAGCAGAGCGCCCCUCGUGCCGGGCAGACAUCCGCAGCGUGUUGGAGCCCUGCGGGAGUUCCCCGCAGGGCUCCCCACGCUGCGGAUAGCAGCCUGCCGCCCGGCGCGAGGGGCGCCCUGAAGCAGAGCGCCCCGCACGCCGGACAGACAUCGGCCAGCCCCACAAGCUCGGGGGACAGCAAGGAGGCGCAGCGCCGCCAUCCCGCUGUUCCUCGACCUGGUUUGGUUUCCCCGACCUGGUUUUGGGGGGGAAAUAAAGGGAAUUUUUUUUCCUUUAUUUCCCCCCCAAAAAACUAGGUGCGUCCUGUGGGACAGAGCGUCCUAUGGGACGAAAAAUAAGGUACAACCUGUGUGGUGGCUGCUGAAGCUAGGAGUCCUAGAUGCCACCAAUCAGUCUAACUUUUUAAAGAAGUUUGUUUGUUUUUAUGUUGAGUAAACUUUGCUGGUUAUCUUUGGAAUAUAUAUUUCAUUUAUGUCUUACGGCUCUACAUUUCAGUUAAAUCCUUCAAAGUUAGAAAAAAAUGAAGAUGUAAAUACUAAUUUAGCACAUCUGCUGAGUAUCCUUUCGGAGCUGGUGGAGAAAAUAUUCAUGGCUGCAGAAAUAUUGCCUCCGUAAGUUCACCAACAUUUUUUUUAAAGCCUCUUUAGAACUUCCCAUUUCAGUCCUAUACCAUCCUUUGUUGUGAUAAAACUGCUUUUAAAAAGUUUUAUUGUUUGGCCAAAAUCUUCAUAUUACCGUAUUGGCCUGAAUAUAAGCCUCACUUUUUUUCCAAAUUCCGACUGAAAAGUUAAAAGUGUGGCUUAAAUUUGCAACCUUACAAGAAUUGGCUUUUGCAAUAUCACUGCUGAAACAGACAUACGGUAAAACAGAACAACAACAAAUGUUUUGUUGCUGAUUUACGAGCUUGAGACUGCUCAUUUGCCAUUUACAGGUGUGAGUGCCUGCAGAAUUGUAGAAAUUGAAUAGCGAUUUGCUAUUUUAGCAAUUUUAUGGUAACUUUUGCAGGCUUGCAAGAUCAAAGGCUUAAAUUGACUGAGAGUCACAAUUCUACCAACCACAGCGAUUUUCAGUGUGUAACCCAAUUUUAAGGCAUUCCACAAAUGGGGAACCAUAACUGUAAAUGCACAGUUUAGUAUUGUAAUCUAAAGUAAUUUGAUAUGCUAAGGUUCUUAAUUGCAUUAUUUUGACAGGACAUUGAGGUAUAUUUAUGGCUGUUUACAGAAGUCUGUUCAAAACAAGUGGCCAGCCAAUACAACCAUGAGAACAAGAGUGGUUAGGUAAGGUGUUCUCUUCUUUACUGUUGUUUUUCUUCAGAUGGUGCAGCUCAGAACGUUAUGCUGCAGAGUGGUGACAUAUUUUCAAAGCUGAUUUCAGCAUCUCACAACUAUGUUUAGAAAAUUGUUGUUUAGUAGUUACUGCUAGAGACAUACUGUUGCUCAUAAAUACCACACCAAACCUAAAAAGAAACACAGCAGCAAUAAGCAGUAUGUAAUACUACAAGCCAGCAAGACAAGCAGUGCUUGCAAACCAGUGUAAAGAAAAGAAUUCAGCAGUUGGUUCUCAGAGAUCAUUAAAAAAAAUAAUUAAAUGCCCUUGCCUUCAAAAUACCAACAAGGAGAAAGUGGUACAAGCUUCCCUUGUAAAGGAGUUACAUUGCAUCUGGGAGCAGCAAAAACAAAAAAGACUCUACCCUGAUGGAAUCUAAAGUCCUUAAGACCAUGAAGAUUCAUAUUGGAGGUUAUUAAAUUGGGCAGGUUCUAUCUACUUACUCCACAAGACUCUGGAAAGUGGUAAAUUACCAUGAGUGCUUGUAGCUAUUUAGUAAACUGGCUGUCUAAGUGGAUACAAAUUACAAUUUUACUAUCCAUGCACACUUGAUAAUUUGUUACCUUGGCAAGGCGAUAGUGUGAAAGAUCUUCCCUAUUGAACAUCUUUUUGGACUUUUGUAUUAUCCUGCCAAGUACUGUAGUAGAGAAUUUUACUGCAUACCAAGUACAGGGCUGUGGUGAAAAAAGUCCUCUAUUUCUCUUAAUAUUUUGGAUUGGAAUUGCCAUGAGCCACCAUAUGAGAAAAGACAACCAUGAGUUUCGAAUAGAGUUCUUAUUAAUCAUUGGUAUCCUUAGCAGUAUUUUCAAAAACAUUUUAGUGAUGUUUGUGAUCAAGUAUCAACUCAAGACAUGCUCUUGCUUCCCUCUUUCAGUGGUUUUGUUUUCCUUCGGCUGAUCUGCCCUGCCAUUCUGAAUCCAAGGAUGUUUAAUAUCAUCUCAGGUAAGUUCUUUAGAUACUGAUAAAAUCAUCUAUAAUGUUAAGACAGCAAGUUGUCUGCAUUUAGUUCUUUAUACGCUGCAGAGAGAAUAAAUUCUGGCUGCUUAGUAUAGAACUGGGAUGAGUAGCCUUUUUGAGGUUGAGGGCUGCAGAGGAAAGGGGUUUAGGGCUGCAUAAUGGUGGUGGGCCAUCAAAGCUCAAAGUGGGCAAGGGUGCACAUUCACACAGGCAGAAAUUGCUUCCCCCAGCCAGCUUGCUUGCUAAAUUUCCUUUGGGGCCCCUACUAACUCCCUUCAUUCAACCAUCAUCCACUCAUUACCUUUCCUGCACAUGCACACACACAUUUCCCUUGCCAGCCCCCUCCACUGCUGCCAUCCUCUCUUCACUGAACGCAUCCCUUCCUUCUGCAGCUGCCACGGUUGGUCCUGCUGCCACUGAAGGAAAAAAUGGCAGACAGGCAUUAUUUCACAUGUGAGGGUACAGAACUAUUGAGGAGUUCCAGAGGUCCACCCUGUGCCUGACAACCAUUCUUUCCCCCAAUAGCAGCAAGACGAUAAACAGGGCCACACUGACAGAGAGUUGCAUCCAAGCCACAGGUUGCCCACUUCUGGUAUAGAAAGAAGCACUGCUAAUGUGGCAUGACUCUAACCAUUGGAAGGGUGGGGAAAGAUAACGGGCUUGUAUUAAAUAUUUUGUGGUGGGUUGGUCUGCAUAUGAACUAUCAGCUAUCAACUUUAAACCACUACUUUGAACCUUCCUGAGUCCCUUGUUUACAGCAACUGGAACUUUUAAUUCCCUGCUGCUCCCCCACUGGUGGAGACCAACAGAUCUGGGCAGGGUUGGGCAGAAUGAUACCCCUCCCUCUUCAUCUAAACCCCCUCGAGCAUGGGGAAUAAUGCUCCCUAUUAUCUUUGUCUCUUUUAGAAGAGGAAGUGCUCUGGUUUGGGGACUGUGCUUAAUCAGCUAUGAGUGCAUCACUUGAGGUUGUGGUGAGGAGCUUGAAUUGGCCUUAGGAGGGAGAGAGGAAGUGCUUUAGCUGCUUACAUCUGUAUUUUGCACUUCAUUGUCCUGCCAGUGAGUCUGGUUAUCAACUGCUGUACUAGACUAUAAUCUCAGUUGGCAUCAAUUGUGAUUUUCAAAUUGUUUAUCUCAGAUUCUCCUUCUCCCACUGCUGCAAGAACACUGACGCUGGUCGCCAAGUCUGUGCAGAAUUUGGCAAAUUUAGUUGAGUUUGGAGCUAAGGUAAAUAUAAAUCUUAGAAGUUAAUUCCCCUCCCCCCACACACACGUGUUCUUUGCUCUCAGUGAAAGAACGUGUGUAAUCAUGCCCCCCUCUGCCUGUACAAGUCAGUAUGAGUCUGGAAUGACAGGAGGGGUCAUAGCUCCGUAGCAGAGUGCACACAAGAGAUCCUAAAUUCACUCCUUGGCAUUACCACUGAAAAGGAUCUUUGGUAGCUAGGCAGGAAAGAGACGGCUUGAGACCCUGUAGAGUCACUGUUAGUUGGAGUUAACAGGACUGGACUAAGUAAACCAUUGACUGACUUAGUAUGGGAGUAUUUGUUCUUAGUAUUUGUUCACAUAGAAUAGGCUCCCUUUCAAUACAAACGGACAGUAGAGUCAGCACUGUAUAUAGUACAUAAUAUUGUCGGUACAGAGAGCAGCAUUUGGAAAGAGCAUUUAAAACUCUCAAGUUAUCUCCAUUCUUAGCAAGGUGUUUGAGAGAGGCUACCACAGCUCGUUUAAAUAUCAGUUUUUGUUCUUUCUGUAUGUGGUUGCUCUUCUUCAUCCUGACUGGUCAGAGAAAAGCCACAGCCAUCGAGAUUAUGGAAAUAACGUGUUAGGGUGACAAUUGUGCAAUAGUUCAGCAGUAACAUCCAGGCUUGACUGUUGGAAUAUACUCUUCAAUGGGCUUUACUUGAAGAUGACAUGGAAGUAGGUGCAGAAUUGCCUUGGUCAGCAGUAACAUAGUGCAGCUAGUGCAAAUACAGUUACAAAUACAAAUAAACUAAUUGCCAGUUUGCUUCCAUGCCCAAUUUCAAAUCCUGAUUUUUAACCUUGAAGGCCUUGCACAGCCUGAAGUCUUUCUACCUUAAGCCCCAUUUCUCCUCAAUUGAAACGACUCACCAGUAGGGGCAGACUGGCUUUUCUUGUCUGCUUUUCCUCCAUGACAGAUUUUUAAGGUGAUGCCAUGGUUAGGGUCCUUUCUGCUAUCAUCUCAAAACUUUGGAACCUCCUCCUAAAAAAGGUUAGGACUGGGGUAGCCAGUGUGGUUUUCUCCAUAUACUAUUGGACUGUAACUUCCACCAGCCUCAGUCAACAUGGUCAAUGAUCUGUAGGGCACUCCAUGCUGGCUACCCCAGGGUUAGGAAGAUAGCAACAUUGUUAUCAGUUUAUAAAAGCUUUUAAAACAUCCUGCUUUGUCAGAUCUUUAAAAGGAUUUAAAUUUUCUGUAGCAGCUUUAUCUUAUGUGAUGCUUUUUAUUAUGGUUUUCCAUGGUGUCUAAAUUAUAUUUGUGUUUUAGCAUACACCAACUUGAGCAUUGUGGAAAGUGGUGUAAAAUACAUUAAGAAUAAUUCAGAAGCCAUCACAUGUAGGAUGAAAGUGAUACAAAUUUUGUGGUUUUAUUUUAGGAGCCAUAUAUGGAAGGUGUAAAUCCUUUUAUCAAGAGUAACAAGCACCAGAUGAUCAUGUUUUUAGAUGAACUUGGGGUAAGAACACUUCUUCUUUCUUAAUUUUGUAAAUAUAGAGACUGUAAGUAUCUGCUUCAGAAAAUACAGGGGGAGGACCCUGUUAAAAAGAGGGCUUUGGGAACCAUAUCUCAACCAUUUCUGGAUCAGGAUUUAAGGUGGCUUCCACAAAUACUGUAAAGCAAGACAGAUAAUCAGUAUAAAAAAUAAUUAUACUCUAAUAAAAUUGAAACAAUAUAAAAAACAAAUCUAUUAAAAUACAGAUAAUUAGCACAGCACUAUUAAAAAGCCCUUUCUUUGAGAAACAGAUAAAACAGUCUUUACCUGCUGGUGGAAGGUAUCUCUCUAGGAAGGGAGUUCCAAAGUCUAGGAGCAGCCACUGAGAAGGGCUUCCCAUGUGUGCCUAUGAUGGUGGCAGGACUGAGAGAAUGGCCUGCACAAAGAUCUCAGAGCAGAGACUGGAAGUAUGGCUCCACUCCUUUCUCCAAUGUUUGUCAAGGAUAAACAUCUGGAGUACCUGUAACCUGCCAGAUGUUGCUUGGCUGCAGCUCCCUUCAACCCUGCUCAUUAGCCAUGCUGGCUGGGGUUGAUAGAAACUGUAGUCCAACCAAGCCUGGGUGUUGCUCAUCCUUGCCACUGAGCUAUAAUAGCUAACCAAAAACUAGUUCAUUUCUCUACGUAAGCAUAGCUGGGCCUCACUUCUCUCUAUGCUUAAGAAGCUAUACCCCUGCUUUACUGGAAAUUGCAUACAUACUCCCCUAUCCCUUGCAAGCCAAAGCUGACAGGUGGGUGGGGCCAUGGAGAUGUCAGGUGGUAAUUGUCAACGCAUCAUGCAGGGCUUGCAAAGUUCAGUUUAAUUUUCACCUAUGGACUACUUGUGUAUUCGAAACAAGCAUUCCCUUUGCUCUUUAGGUGUUAUAUUCCCUGCAAGCAGAGUAGUGGCUGCACUCCUUCUCUGAAUGGUAAACAGUGUAAGUUUUUUUCAGCUACCGUGGUACUGUUUUAUGAAAGGUGGUUCUAAACAUUGUUAUCAUUCUUGCUCUAGAAUGUACCUGAACUUCCAGACACUACAGAGCCCUCUAGAACUGACUUGUCACGUGAUCUAGCAGCCCUCCAUGAAAUUUGUGUGGCACAUUCAGAUGAGCUUCGAACACUCAGUAAUGAGCGAGGGGCAAUGCAGGUAAGAGCUGUUAUAGAAAGAGGGUGUUUCCUGAUAGUUACAGCAGCGUUGGUUUAACCUAUAGCCUUCCCUAUGCUGCUGGAUUAUAGCUCCCAUCAUCUCUUGACUAUUGGCCAUGCAGACUGGGGCUCAUGGAGUCCAACAUUAUCUAGAGCAGGCAUCCCCAACCUUCGGCCCUCCAGAUGUUUUGGACUACAAUUCCCAUCAUCCCUAUUGGUCCUGUUAGCUAGGGAUCAUGGGAGUUGUAGGCCAAAAACAUCUGGAGGGCCGCAGGUUGGGGGUGCCUGAUGUAGAGGGCCGAGGACUUAUAAACACUAAAAUAUAGGGCUGCAGUUCACAAAGUGUGAAUGCAUGUUAAGGAUGCAAUCAAAGUGGUAGACAUGAAGGAGCUACUUUGAAACAGUUUAGUAGAAAAGUAUUUGCAGUGGUGGUGCAUUUUGAGUGCAAUUAUUCCAAUUAUUAUUUAUGCAUAAGUUACGCUGCCUGACCUACUUAUUUAAAUAUUUACAUAAUAGCAAACAGUAAUUUGUUUUCCUUGGAUUCAUUAAAAGCUGUAGAGUCAAUUCCAGCAUGGUAAAAUUAACAUAUUUACUAUUCAGUAACUAUAACUAUUAACGUAUUUAGCUAUUCAGCUGGGCUACAGGACUUAUGAAUUGCAUCUAUGGAAAGGAAAUCCUAAGGACAAAGGGGGGAAAUAAAAUAAGUUUACAUUUCAAGAAAAGCUAUGAACCAAUCGGGAACAAGUAUAGUUAUUUUAAAUCAUACAGAAAAACUUUGCCGCUGAGCUAAUUAUCUCCUUUUUUAAAACAGCAUGUGCUAAAGAAGCUGCUGGCAAUUACAGAACUUCUUCAACAAAAGCAAAAUCAGUAUUCAGUGUCUAACAGCAUCAGGUAGCAGCUUUCUGCAUGUUCCAGCAUGUCCAACAUGACAACUUUCACCAAUAUCACUUCCUUUUUUGCUCUUGCCAAAAAUAGCACACACAUUUCACAUUUCCAGUGAUGUGUGAACUAUGCAAAAAACAAAACAAAGAACCUGUUGGUGACUGACCAUAACAACAGCUUUAAGCUAUGUGUGCAGGACACUUGCACUUUCUUCCACUUGGAACCAAUUUUCACAACCUCUGAGCCUUGGUGUACAGAUCACCUUCCACAAAGAAAAUACUGUGACUGUCUCUUUGAACUUUAAAGUUAUUUCAACACCUCCAAUUGCCAAAGUCUUGCUGUUUUGGAUAAAAUUAGAGUCAACUGCCAAGGAAAUGUUUUGACAGCAAAGUAUAACUGGAUAGAACACACGUCUUACUGUAAUUUGAUUGGUUACAACUAUAUUAGGACUGUUCAAACACUUUAAUUUGUAUUUACAGCUUCCAGAGUUUGAUAGGAAAUCUUUGCUGUACACUUUUUAUACCAUUCUAUUUCUCUCGUUUAGAGUUGUGCUGAAAGAAUAUGCAGACUGGAUUUUGUCAGCUUUUUUUUUUUAAUGUGCCACAUUGUUUUGAAUAAUUUUCCAUCAAGGACUGUAUAUCCAGAUAAAUCAUGAUGCUUUUUAAAAAAUGUUUACAACAGUAAAUAAUUUGAACUCAGUAAAUUUAUUGAUCAUUGUAUUAGGCAUGCAUGCAUUAUUAAACAGUUUUAUAGCAUACAUCUGGCUGCUUUUUCUGCCUAGUGAUUCAAUAUUUGGAUAUUUCCAAAGAAGAAAAAUACAGUGCCUCUAGGUGAUUAGAAAACAAUUUGUCUUGCCUGUAUUUUCCAAUUUUUUGUUUGGUCAGUGAUCAGUUCUGAUCCAGUCUCAGUGCUUGUAAGUAUGAACGAUAAAGGUGUUUGUGUGUGUGUGUGGAAAGGAAGAGGCUAGAAUAAGAUCCCCCAACCUAACCUAAGCCUCUUCAGGGGUUAAGCCUGUUGCAUACAAUGCGAAAACAACACUAGCAGGAGGAACCCAUGAAGCAAGUACUCUACUGUCCUCUGAUGUUCUUUUCUGCCAAAGGCUGAGCCCCAAGGAUAAACUAUUGCCACCUGAAAGUUUGUUUUCCUCAUCACCACAAAUAUCAGAAACUAGUGCAUUUCAAAAAAAUUCCAAUGUAUCUCAAGUAAUACCUAUGAAUAUGUGGUGCUUAUAUUUUAGAUAUUUUGACAUUGCUUUUAAGCUUUUGGCUGGUAUCCAAAACACGCUACCAGAAAACAUGUUACAGCCAAUUAAAAUCCAAAAGAACAGUGACAGUUUUUAGCAAUACCAUUUCAAAUAUUCCACUCACACUGUAAAAUAACUGCUUUAUUUACAUUAGUCAUAUCUUUUUCACUGCAGUAGUGGAAUGUACAACAUGUUCUCAAGCAUUAAAGUUCCAUUUAAGUAUUCAGGAUUUCAUCAGUGGAGACAUCCAGUCAGUCUAUGAAAUCAUCAUCUGUCCAUUCAUCCUAAACGAAAGAAAAAGGAAAUCCAAUCUUUCAACUUGUUGGGGUGGGUUUUGUUUUUUGUUUUUUUGCACAUCUUCUAUGAAUCAGGUAUGGCUGAUGGGAAAAUUUACAACUGCAAAAUUACAAAUAUACAAUCUCAGCUUCUAUGCUUGCCCUUAUUGAGGAUUAAGGUCCUGUUUGAUGUAAGGCAGAAAACAAAUAUAAACAAUGUUUAGAAGAAAGUAGCAACCUAGUUUAGAGUUAUCUGGUGACUCCUGAAACAUUCAGCUGCCUGUUGUAUGAAUAGCAGAUGAUGUAAGAUUAUGUACUUUUUAAAAAAACAAACCCAGCCCAAUCCUAUGAAAAUAUACUGUUUGCUGUAAUGUAAGCAGUGACUUCCACAAAUUACCACAAACCUUGAUCACUGCAUUUGACAGGUUAGAGGUUAGUGAAACAUUUCUGCAUCACCCUUUAUUGUGCCCAUGAACCAAAUAAAUCUUAUAAGAUCCUAAGUCUUAAACAGCACUAUCAGUACAGUGCUGUGUUGCGGUCAAGGAAGUACAGUAGUACUGACGAACCACCAAGGCUACUUAUCAACUCUGUCAGUGAUACAAUCUUUACUACGAUUCCUAUGAACUUCUGCAACCAGCAAAGCAGGUAACUGAAUUUGGCCAACUGUGGAUAAGGGGAAUAAAAGUACAUCUAGAAGAUUCUGCCAGUUAAUUGGUUAGAUUAUCAUAAUAAUUUUAAAAUAGAUUAAAGUGUGCUCCCUGUUAAUUGGCAUUAUUUUAAGGCAGCAGAUUUCCAAGAAGAUGCAUGUUGUGACAAUUGCACAUAAAUUUGCAUAUAGAACUAUGUUUUCUGUUCUCAAAUAUAUACAGAUUUAUCCAGUUACUCAAAAGUACACAAAUCCACUAACCUCCUCCAUUUUAGGUUUCUUUGUUACGUAGUCUUCAUCUUCAUAACCUUUUCUCUUCUUUCUAAAACCAACCCCAUAAUACUAAUAUUAGACAGUAUGUUCCAGUUCCAAUAAGAUCUUUUCUUCAACUUCAUAUUUUAUAUUGGAGAAAUUGGUAUGACAUCAAAUAAACGAUUGAAACCUUUUAUUGGUAUUUGAAGUGAACUGACUAUUCAGCACUAGAGGCUCCUUAGAGCUAUUGAUACAACACUCUUUUACAAGAACCAAGUGUGGCAGCCUCUUAAACAGAUUAUCUUCAGUUGUUUCAUAUAUAUCCAUAUGCUGUAGAAUAAAAUUCUCAACAGUGAGGUCAGAUGAAAAAUGUUCAGUAUGCCACAUUCGUGACAGUUACGUUAAAGCUUACGUUAUGGAAAACAAACACAGUGAAUACAACUGAACUUUAGCAUAAUCAUUGCAGGCUCUUCCCCCCUUUCAUUUCCCACUGACCUCGUGGGUUCACAUUUGUUUUCCACACCCAUGGAUAUAUGUUGUAACUUAUGAUGAAGUGAACUUCAGGUAUGGGCAAUAGCUAUAGCUAUUAUCCAAACAGGUGCUCUUCCACUCACAGAUGUGCUAACCUAGAUCCAGUGGAAGAGUGCUGCAUGAAUAACGCCAAAUCCAGUGAAGUUCUAUUUAUGUAAGACUUUGCACAAACGCUUUCAAUACUUUGUUCAACUGAAAUUUAUAUGCUAUUUGCAGUCUACUAUACUGCAAUCCAGCCCCCAAUACAUUGCAAGAAGUUGUCUGAUAGCUUCCUAAAGAGCUUGUGGAACAGCUUUAUUUAUUUUUUCUAUUGCUACUUCCCCCCCUUUCACCCACAUUUCUUUGAAUCCAAGUGAAUACUUGUCUGAGAAGAAAUUAUUGACCAAUGACUGGAACAGACCCUGGCUUCAAAUCGCUGGUAAAGUAAGAUCAUAUCAUAACAUUUGCACAGCAUUUCCUGGUAAUCAAACUUUUCAAAAUUAGCUUAUUGGUCCUCAUAGAAUAUAUGCUGUCAUAAUCAUUUUUAGGAAAGCUAGCACUGAGGUACGAUGUAGCUUUAAAUUGUUACUUACACAUUCGUAUUAAGAGCAAGUUCUGGGCUGUGACAUUUCUCUAACUUCUGUUUUAGAAGAGCAACUCCUUCUGGAUGCGGUAGCUCAUAUUUCUUUACCAGAUUUUUCAUGCCUACAAAGGAGCAAUAAAACACUUUCAAAAUGCUUUAAUUAAGUGUACUAUAUACCAAUUCAUCUGAACCCCAAUAAGAUAUGUACAUUAUCAAAAGUAGAUCCAAAAGAAUUCUAGUAAUAUAGGUAGCCUUAUCACACUCUCAUCUUCCCACUCAAACCCAACCAAUUAGAUAUGGCACAUUCCAACUAGUUUUGAUUCUACAGACCUGGCUAUAAAGCUUUGUGUGUGUAUGUAAGGGAAUGUUGUGUGCCUGUCUAAAUAUGAUCUAAUUGCUGUGAGUUGUACAUGAAGCUGAGGAACACUUUAGCCAAGCUAUACUAUAUUUUGACCAGUUGUGGCCAUGAACACACAGGAUUAAUUGUGCGAAGGUGUGUCUGGGGAGGGGGCAUUCUAACAAAAAGUACACCCAGCUCUCAAGAAGCUAGACUACAGCGCAAAAUACUUUGCAGAUUUUCUAUGAAAACCAAGGCCUCUUGUAGAACAAGUGUUAAAGACAAUUGAGAUGUGCUCCAGAUUGCUUUGAAAUAAGUUCCACAGACAAAGUCUUAGCUUAAAUUUGCCACAUAACACUAUUUUCCCCUUUACAGAAGCUCAGAUUACAUUUGUAAGACUCUUAGCUGUCAUCUUAUAUCAGAGGAUUUAUGCUAAGGAAUGUCAAGACACAGCAAAAGUGUGAAGUAAAGAACUCUACUAAACUAGUUGUUCACAUUAUGGGUUGUUUUUUUUAUUUCCUGGAGGCUAAUGGAUAAUGCAGUGUUAGCACUACUGUCCCAGGGAAACCUUCAGACGCAGGCACAUUUUGCAUAUCAAGUCUUCAAAAUACAGAUCAACUGAAGGCUGUGUUGUGUUUGAUGCAAGCAUAAAAGCAGUAUCAAGGACAGUCUUGCAAGCACCAGUCUACUGAAAGACUGAAUACACAUUUUUAUGUGCCCUGGACUACAGGUUAGAGGCUAUGAACACCGUCAAAGGCAGAAGAAGUUAUCAAAUAUCCCCUUUUACUUGCUUAUGCUAAAGACAGCUACCAAGUUUUGUUCUUCAUUUGAAACAUUCCCCUUGCUUUGCUGAAAAUUCUGGUCUCAUUUGACCUAGAAGACAUUGAAUGGCAUCCAUCACUAUCUCCAUUCAAGACAGGCUCUUUGAUCCAGAGGGGCUUCCAUAAAUGGAAUGUGGAUGGAGAUAAUUUUUGCACAUUCUCCCAUCCCUGUGCCAGCACUCAAGUUGUUCUAGGGAAUCCCCAAACCCCCUAGAGCAGAUUUUAGAGGCUCAAGGGAGAAGGAUGAAACAGUGAAGAUUGCUGAUUGGCAAUGGGAAUGAGUCUUCAAAGGAUGUUGCUGUAACCCAACACUCAGCUGAUUGGUGGUUACAGCAACCUCCUUUGAAGUUAAGAGUCUGUUUUACAAGCAAAGGGGAUACAAUUGUGCUAAGAAAAUAAUAGACAAUGGCUCUCCGUAUUUUUUUGGACUCCAACUCACAUUUAGCCCCAACCAGCAUGGUCACUGUUCAGGGAUAAUGAGUCUCAUAUUCCAGCAACAUGGAGAGUCACUAGUUCACAUCCCUGAACUAAGCCAUAUUUCUUUUCUCCUAUCACUUUAUACAAUUUCUAGGGGAGUAGAAGGGACAAGAAUGUCCACUUAAGUUCCUUUUUAUUAACAGUUGGAUACAAGUUUAAAUAUGUGUCCCAAUUAUUCAG